UUGCAUAGCAGUGCUGCCACUGGCUGGGAUUUGGGGUAGGCUGGACCUGGGGGCUGGAGGUCUGAGUGAGGCAGGGACUCAAUCUGUGCUGCAAUCACUGGCAGCCAGGCACACAUUAGGGACACACACCGGCUGCUCAACCUGACUGGGAGCCUUGACUUGAGGGGACAUACCCUGGGCAGAGCUCAGGCAUUAAACUGGAAAUAGGGAUUGCAUAAAUUCUUCUGCUGGAGACAGGGGUCCAGAGAUCUGCAGCUGGAAAGUGGGGUUCAGAGAUCUUCACUGUUGUUGAGAGGUGUCCACAGAUCUUCACUGCUAGAGAAAAGGGUCUAGAGAUCUUCACUGCUGGAAAGAGGGGUCCACAGAUCACUGGUGGAAAGAGGAGCACAGAACACUGCUGGAAAAAGGGGUCCACACAUCACUGCUGGAAGAGGGGUCCACAGAUAUCCAUUGCUGGAAAGAGGGGUCCCACAUCUCCUGUUCUGGGAAGAGGGAUCAAGCUCUCACUUCUGGAAGCAGGGUUCCCCCAGACCCUCAGUACCCCCGCUGUGCAGUUUUUGGGGUGCCUUUGGAUUAUAUUGAGUCUCCCUGCUCUCAGUGGGAUGUCCCACGCGUGUCCAGGGAGCUGCAGGAUUCGCAGUUGGGAAGAUGCUUGUCUACCUUAGUGGAUCUCGCACCGCUCUGGGGACCCCCCGGGAGCAGUCACUGGAGCCUGCGGGGGACAAGGCUCUGACUCCCGGCCGCGGGGGAUCGGGACAACCCGGCUCUGACCCCCAUAUUUUGGGAUUGUGUCUAUGAGAAGCAGGACCCCCUAGAAAGUUGAUUUGGAUUUUCUGCUGGUGCUGGGUAUAAUUGGAAGUGUUUGGAGAUUGGAGCCUUUAACUGGGAUUAUGGUCAAAGGUGGAAGAGGACAGCGAGCCUUAGCCAGGUAAUGCAUGGGGCUGGGGGGGCAAAAAAACAAAACAAAAACUAUCUAUACAUUUAUUACUGGGGGGCAAUCAGGGCAACGUAGGGGUCUGCUCAGUGUACACAUCAAUACUGCCAUCUGAUUACAAGCAGAAUUCUUAAAAAUCCGAUUCUAGAACGGGGGAGUGUGUCAGAAAGGAUGUCAGAAAGAGAGAGAGGAGACUGUCAAAGAGACUGCCAGUGAUGGACAAGCUGGAUCUCAGAGAAACAGGGGUAUACACACAGACACAGGAUGGGUUCCAGAAAGAGGGAUAGAAAUAGAGAGACUGGCAAUGACAGUCUGGAUGUAAGAAAGAGAGAGGAGAGAAUGUCAAAGAGGAGAGACUGUCAGUGACAGACUGUAGGUCAGGUAGAGAAAGAGAUGGUUAGGGGCAUUGGGAGAGAGAGAGAGGGAUUCAGUGACAGCUUGUAUAUCAUUGAAUGAGGGACUGUCAGAAUGAUAGGUACUGACAGGCAGGAUGCCAGUGAAAGAGACUGUCCAGGAGAGUGAGAUUAUCAGGCAGGAUGACAGGGAGAAGGAACAGACUAAGAAGCUGGAUGCAAGAGACAGUUGAUGAGGUUGAGACAGGCAAUGACAAGUUAUAUGUCAGGGAAGAAGAGACAGUAAAGGAAGGAUAGUCAUGGAGGGAGACUGCCACUGAUAGGUUGUAUUGCAGGGAGAGAGACAGGAGAUACUGCCAUUGACAAGUUGGAUGUCAGGGGGAGAGAGCGCUUAAGAGAGAGAUACUGUCAGUAGUAGAGAGAGUAAGAAAUGCUGCAAAUGACAGUUUGGUUGUCAGAAAGAAUGACUAUCUGGGAGAUAAAGAUUGUCAGUGAUAGGGCAAGUAAGGGUUAAUGUAAAACGAGAACUUAAUGCAGCCCCAAUGGAGAGCUAGCAAAAUAUUUUUAAUUUUUUUUUUUCUGUUUAUCAAGCACAAUACUCAGGAACGUUUAGUUAAAUGGAAUGUUGGAAAAUUGCACCAAGACCUCAGUAAAUAGUGGCCCCACAGGUCUCUGCAACAUACAAACUGCUUUAACUCUCUCUGAGCCAUGCUUCUAAAAUGGGUGACUCCACUGCUGUGAGCAGAGGAUUUACCUGUCCUGAUUAAUUAGAUCUCUGCAGAUAUGUGUCACACAUUCUUGUUAAAUGUGACAGACAAUCCAAGUCUGAACAGAUAUAAUUAUCACUUACACUCCUAGUUCAUAUUGUAUGCUGUACACUCAUUUCUACUGCACACCUACUGUGGUCACUUAAUUCUACUGUAUGCCAAUUGCUUACUCAUACUGUACACAAUCUAAACCAUAGAUACUGUAUAUUUAUCCUUAACCAUCAUUAUCAUAUUUGUAUCUGGGUGAUAGACAGCAGUAGAGCGUGAUAUAGCAUGGAUUCCUUCUGGGUUCAUAGAUGGUCCAAGAUAAUUCUUCAUAUUUGGACCAUUUGCCUCUAUCUGCAAAAAAAAAUGAAGAAGUGACUGUAGGACAAAGUGUUAAAUCCUGUCCCCCCAAAUCACCUUGUCCAUUUCUAGAGUACUGCUUUGGGGUGGGUCGAGUUGCAGAUUUUUAGCUUGGACAUCAUAUGAUUGGUUUGCCCAGUGAGAAUCAAGAAUCCUCUUCUUGAUUGUUUCCAUUGGAAUAAAGAUGUGGCUGUGCUGGGUUUAAUGUGCGUAUCACCUAUGUGUUUAAGACAAAUUCAUAUUUUUUUUUUAAAUAACAAAAAUUAUAAUAUAAUGGCUUGAGAACCAUAAGGAAGCUUUAUCCAUCAUGUUGUGAAAUGUUUUAUCCCUGACGUGGUCUUUCUUUUCACUAAACUUGACCAGGCUUUUAGACACAGGGCAUCUGUUUAAAUCCUGGCAGGAAUACAACAUGGAAAUAAACUUGGGGGACAUACUGUAUUGCUUGUCAUAGCUCUCUGACCAUGUAGCUGGAUUAAAAUUACUGGAGGCAAAGCUUUAUCCAGCAACAAAAUUACCAGAUCAGCUUAAAAACUCAGCGUCAGAUCAAUUAUAUUUCUAAGCUUUUCUAAGCUAUCUAACCUAUAAAAAUAAAAUAAUAAAAAAAAAAAACCCUAAAAGAUCCACAAUUGAAAUGCUGCCAUUUAGAUUCCAUUAACACCUGAGAGUUUCUCCUUUCUAGUCAGUAUCUGAAGAGGACCUACCUCUUAACCCAGCAUAGAUACCUCUUAACUCAGCACUAAUCACAAAACCGUAAUAAUCUUGCAUCGGAACACUUUAAAUCGUGUUGAAAUAUAAUGGCCCAAUACUCUUUUUUAGUAGGUUCAUUUGACUAUGAUAGGGUACCUACUACCUGUGAGAUAUACAUGAAUGUGUUUUCUUUUUUUUUUUUUUUAUUGACCACAUCUUCACCUAAAACCAUAUAGUCUAAUUUCUUAAGAUUGAGAUCCAUAUUGACCAGUUUUAGCAAAUUAGAGCACAAAUUCCUUUUUCAUGGAUAAUGUGUUGUCCUAGAAGGAAUGUAAUAUUGUCUGUCUAUUCAUCAAAUGAGAGUGUUUAGGGUAGAGGUAUAGCCACUGAAGAUAUAAGUUAAGUGAAGGUAGAGCUGUUGGGUCUGUGGAUGAGUGGUGGCUACUGUCAAGGGAGGAUAAGUGGAGGUGAAGCUGUUGGUCUGUGGAAGAGUGGUUGCUACUGUUGAGGGAGGUUAAGUGGAGGUAGAGCUGUUGAGUCGGUGGAAGAGCUGUAGCUUCUGUUGAGGGAGGAUACGUGGAGGUUGAGUUUUUGGGUCUCUAGCUGAGUGGUGGCCGUGGCCCAUCAAAAAUCUAUAUUCUUGGACCCACUAUGGUUGGGUGAGUUAGAGAGCAGGCCUAGAGACUAGUGGUGGGUGCUGUGUGGUGGGGAUAGAGUGGUUGUUCUGUGAUAGUGAGGUGGCUGCUGAGAUGAGUUGAGUUAGUGUGUACAGGCUUGGGCAGAGUGAAGACUGUACAUAUGGUUAAAAUAGGGUUUGGUCUGGGGCAGUGAUUUGCCUGCUGAAGGGCAGCAUUAGAGUUUGUUGGUCUGUAAUGGGUGAGUUAUGGGGGGGCGGGCCUGGAGAAUAGUGGUGGCUGCUGGGUGGUACUAAAGUAUACCCUAAGAAAUUAUGUAUUUGUGGCAAUGAUGUUGAAGGAGAUGGUGGACCUAUGGCACAGUGGUACAUACACACAAUGGAAAUAAUGUUUCAGGUAGGUUAUUUCUCUCAUCACUGAGAGAGAAUUUGUACUGGAAUUAUAUGAAAUGAGAUUUAAAUGACAUUAGUUUGGGGUUGCAGAUUGGGGUUUUAAUGUGGUCCAAAGUGUCUAACUUCAAUAAAGUAGAGCCAGGAUCCUAAAAAUGAGUGAAAAUAGCUUUUGGGUCACUUGUCUUCAGAUGGCUAUAUUUAGUUUUGUCUAAAAAGAUAUAAUCAGCCAUUUAGAAGGUUCAGCUACUUAGAAAUAGAGUAAACACAUCUUUGAAAAUAUCUUAUUUAACUACAGAAAUCUGAAAACAAAUAUUUUUUAGGACCAUUUAUAUGUACGCCUUUAAUAUUAUUUUGCAGUAAAAUUGCCUUGUAAAACACCCCACCUUAAUAAUCUGUAGUACACAUUUCUUGUAAAAGAAAAAAAAAAAACUCAAAAACCCUUCUCUUGGUAAGGAUUUGAUUCAAAUUCAGUACAUUGCUGACCUCUAUCUGCAAAGAACUGCAAGCCAUUGUACUGCAGUGAAACAAGCAUCUUUCAGACUCACGGUUCUCCUCUUAGUAAAAAGGAAAUAAAUAAAUAAAAAGAUUUAUCUGUCCUUAAAUCCCGUACAAAUUGCACAUUCAGUAUCAAGCACUGAGCUGAGCAAACACUGACUGCAAGAGCCAAACUGAAUGUUACAUUUCUAAACCACACAAGGCAGGCCGAUUUACCACCACCAUCUUAAGGACACAAUGUUUAAGAUUUAAAUGCACCUACCACCAACUUGGAUCUUUGCACAGAUCACACAGUUGCUAAUUUUGAGCAAAACUUUCCUUCUUAAUCCAGAACAUUUUUCCUCGUUAUCUCUUAAAUCUUCCAGCAUUUUUAUCUACCCAUCGAAAUAAAAAUUGUUACGAAUGUUAUUUCACGUUCGGUUACUGGAGGAAAAGUGGAUUUAAUAGAUAAAUAUGCUGAACACAGCUAUUGCAAAUGCAGAUCAGGGAAGAAACAGCGAACUUGUUAUUUUUAUGCUGUACUGAACAUGGUACAAUAUUCCAAGUUUGACAUCUCGAAUUGUUUGCUGCCAAUCAAGCAGUAAGUUGUCUAUACAGAUGUCUCCUUGCUUGUGACAUGGACAUACUUCUGCUUUAAAUUUCCAUUAAGUAAGACUCUAUUAUAAAUGUAUAUUUUUUUCUAACGUGCAAAUCUGAAUCAAUCCUUAAUUUCUCCCUAUCCCCUUCCCAUAUAUUGUUCAUCAUCAGCGGUAUACUAUGCUCAUUUGAAAGCACCAGAAAAGGUCUAUUACCAAAGUAAUGUGGUUAUAUAACAACAGAAUUGCAAUUUUAGGCCAGAGCUUUUAAAAAGAAAUGUAGGAGAAUUUUUCAGUCCUGGCUAUUUUAGCCCAAGUUUUGCAGUUACUUUGUUAAUACAAGACUAUUCUUCAAUAAUGGAUUUAUGUCUCAUACGAUUUGUGCCCUGUUUUGCCGUCAAGUAAGGGACGCAUACAUUUUGAAAAAUUACAAACUGGACAUUCAAGGAAACUGUGUAAAAGCAAUAAUUACAGCACUCAGAAUGGAAAAUGUACCCUUAUUUACACGGAAAUGGUAUUUUCGACCCAUUUAAUAUAAGUGCAUGUUGUUUUUAAAUGUAAGUGUUUAUGGAGUGAAAGGUCGAGUCAGAUGCAUAAAGUGUUGCUUUUGUUGGAGACGCACAAUUUUAUUAAUUGUAUUUCAAGCGUCUCAUGCAAAUUACAGAAACACACAACGCUAAUGCAAAUACUAGGCUUUUCUAACAGCAGGAGAACCUGGUGUCUAUGUUGACUGACAUUGCUAUUUGGAGAUUUUAAUAUGAGCAAUUCAUGUAGCUCACGUUUUGCUCACUCAGACCUAUUUAUCAUGCUGUGCAUUAAAUUCUUCUCAGUCAUAUAACUGUCUUUUCCAAGGAUGGAGUAAAUACAUUUUUCGGUCUGUUCCUCCGGAUUGUAAGUUGAUUUAGGUUGCACAAAGAAAAAAAAAUAUAUAAAAAUAAAUUUAAAAAAAUAAAAAAUAAUUUCUUUACAAAACUAAGCCUAAUAUUAAAAUAAUGACCAUUAUUUUGUGAACUUCUAUAACAUAAAUAUUUCAUGAUCUGAUACACUCCCAGCUUGUCCUAUGGUGGACAGUGAGAAAAUUAAAUUGUUUAAACAGACUAUCCUUUUGGAAAACAUUUUGCUAAAUAUUGUUACAUGGAAAAGUAAAAUAUUCAAUUGUUACUUUUAGUUUAAAGAUACAGAAUAAGCAAUAUUUUUGCUGGAAAAAGUUAUUGAGAAGCUGAGAGGACCUAUUCUACUAACUAGACAAUAUUUUUGCUCAUCACUGCUCAAAAUAAAGGCUCUCUCAAUUAAUAAUAAUUAAUAAUCGUACUGCCUGGGAAAAAAAAUAAAAUAAAAAUCAAAUGUGGGACUUUUUUUUUUUUUUUAUAAUUUUUUUUUUUUACAUUGACUUCUAGAAAUGUAACUUUAGCCACUGUGCAGCAAUUUGCUACAAUAUAUAGCUUGAGUUGUCUGAAUUUCAUUGCAGUUAUAAACCUUGUAUGCUGAAAACGAGCUAUGUAUACUGCGUUAUGUUGUAGGAGACAUUUUCUUAUUGCAAACAAAUGACGAAGGUAUAUAAAGCAUGCAGUUAUGCAAAUUAUUUGAUCAUAAAAAGCGCGUAAGAGGCUGUAGAAAAGAUUAUUUGUUUAAUCUUCCAUCAUAUGUAUUCUUUGAAUAAAGACUGACAAUUCAGUCUAUUUUACUUAACUUUUAAUUCUUCUGUUAUUCUGACUGGAGGCGGGGUGGAAUAAAGGUUUAUAGUCUGUGGCUUGGCUUAAUGAGAGUUGCAGUCUCUUGAAUAUUGUAACUUGAAUAUUGCUCGCCUUAGCACAGAUUUUAGAUGUCAACAGCUCAGUACAACAAUCGAAUAGGGAAUAUCCAGAAAUAGGCCUUAAAGCUGCAACAUUAGUUCUGAUUGGUUGCUCUAUAAACGUGAAUAUUAUACAGAUUUAACCCUAUAACUACCAGUGAAAAAAAACAUGCUAAAAGGAUUUUAUUCCAAACUUACAUCCACCCUUGUUUAACUACAGAAAGGCUCUAUAGAUACACCAAUGAUAAUUUUGUAGGACUAUCCAGACUUUUUGGGGAAUAUUUCUGAAAUUUCCAUCAAUCUUUGCCAGCAUCUUAAAUGCAGCCUAGAUACAUUGAAUUGAAUGCUAGUUUCCCCCAUAAAGGUCGCAAAAUGCAGCGGACACUACUCUUUGCACAGUACUAAAAAUGCAGGAAGCAGGUUGAAGGUACAAGUUAACUCAAGGGGUUUAAACUCCCAGAGCUGACAAUCUAAAUACCAUCUUAAGUCAUUUUAUUUAACAAAUGAGAAAUUGGACCCAAACUCCUGUUAAAGUCCUACAGAAAUGUAGCUUAAUUAAUUCACACUUUCCAUUCCCCACACCCAUUUUACAUAAAUCUACACACGCUGUUAGAUUUAAGAAAUAAUAUAGAAUGUUUAUAAAACUAUUUUUGGCCUUUGUAUUCUUUAAAUCUAGUUUUGAUUCUUCUUGUUUUGAAUGGUUUUAAAUAUAAUAUUCCCCAACAAGCCCAUGGCCCACAUUAUCUCACUAAUGGCCAAUUCACAAGUCUAAGACUGUUAAGGGAGUCACACUCUGAUUUGGGCCAUCCAGUGAAUCCUGAAUUUGACUCAGACUCUUUUGCCACCAAAAUACACAUACCCGUUAUCUAACUAUCUUCCAGGUCAAAAUUAGUCAUAUUUAUCUAGAAAAGUCGGCCAUUUCAAUACUCUUAACUAUAGCACAUUAUACUGAAAGGGUUAUUCAAUAAAGUGAAAUUUAAAUGUAAAGUCAAAAUAGUCGACCUGGAAUAAUUCUCUAAGCCAGUUCUGCUACUUUGGCCUUAAAUUUAAAAUCCACUUUGAAUUCUCAAUUUAGCAAAUAACCCUGAUAAUCAGCUACAAUGUCUGGUACCCUAUACUACUUAAUAACUUGGAGGUGUAGUACAUUUAUAAGUUACUUUAAUAUUUAUUUAAAAUGGCUUGAUUUUUUUUUUUUUAACCUAGCAUAUUGUCACUUUAGUUUGAGAAUAAAAUCGAGCAUACUGCUCAGAACUAUUAUUUAUCAUUGUUCUAGUGUUCUGCAUACACUGUCGAAAUUGCAUUCUUGUGCCAAUAGAGAAUAUCUCCUCUCUCUACAUAAGGUGUUAUUCUUUUAUUCCCUAGAUCACUUGAAAUCUUUGCGUUCCAGCUGAAAAUCAGCUAAAGAUGACAAUUUAUUCUGUAUAAACCAUUAUUGUACCCUGGCAUCGGAUGUAAUUACUGAGCAGUCUAAUGGAGUGAAAUUAUUCCUGCAUACUGAGAGAGAUCUGGCCUUUUAAUGAAAAGUGUUUCCUACACAUUUUUCUUUUUCACAAACAGAAGAAAGGGAAAGUUUUUUUUUUUUGUUUUUUUUUUUAAAAAGAGAGAGAAAAAAAAUCCCUACUAUUUGUAAAUUAUAGACAUUUAAAUAGAUCCUUUUGUUUAAACAUAUGUCUGUGGGUUGGGUUGCUUAGGAUAUGUAUCUGAUUAGCUUUUGAGCAAUAAAUGGAAAGUAAUUCUACGAUUUAUUUGGAACUGUUGGAGAAAAUACUCUGCUUGUCGGUGCUGCAGAGGAGUUUGAUGUAGCAGAGGUGCGCGCGAAGUAGCGUAUUGUGCCGCAGGGCCUGGCAAACGCAAGAGGCAUAUCUAGUUUAAAUUAUCUUCAGUCCUGAGCAUCAUUAAUGGAAAAUAAAGCUGCACUGUACUGCAUUACUAAAACAAAUAAACCAUGAGUGUGCUGGUAAUUUAAAGCUGGCAGUCUGUAGAUUGUGUUGACGCUUAGAACGUUUUAUAAGAUCUAUGAUUUUUUUUCUUCUAAGUAACGUCCCCAGAGACGUACAUAGGGCAAGGUGGGACUGAGCGAAGAUUGCAGGGAUUACAAAAGUCAAAGCACAGUUGCUUGGGAGAACAGCCAAAAACAUUGUACACUCUGGCUUCUAUUUUUAGACUUCAUACACCAAAAUUAGACUGUAAGCCUCUGAGGUCAAAGUCUUGAAAUGUCUGCAUUACCUUAGCAUAGGGAGUACGGAUUCCUAAACUGCUUAUUAACUCAUUCAGUAGCAUGUGAGAUUAAUAACGGUGUGGUCCUGGUGGGAUGAUAAAACUUUGCAAACCUCAAACAGUUAAACAACCAAAGACCCCUUUGUGUCUACAAAACUAUUGCAUGGCUCACUAUCCCCCCCUGCGGGUGAAAUCUUUGUUUCUCAUAUAUUUUUAAUUAUUUUCAUUCCUCUUGGAAUAUUAAUGUGCAAGUGUUUCACACUUAAAUCUUUUUUCAUGUGCAUGAAUGUGAUGGCGAAUUUUAUAUUCUAGACAGUAAAAUAAUUUCCUAUGGAAACACACAUUAAUUGACUGAAUCAAAUUAACCUGAUCACCAUAACACAAUUGAAAAAUUGGAUGUACACGUUCUUAAAUGCUUUUGUAUAUUAAAAUACUUUUGAAAUUAUUUUAAUACAUUUCAGAAUAAACAUAAAUAAAUUGAAAUGUAUUGCUUACUUAUCAAGUGAUUGUGUUUCAGAAUUUAAGCUACAGUAAAGUUCAAUGUUGUGCAAAAAAAAUUCUUAAAAAAGAAAACAAAACUUGAAAUCUUUAAAGGUCUUGCUCUAUAUUUAAUGCCAGCAACAUAUCAGUGAAUUGGGGCAUUAAACACUGAGCUAAUUAAAUAAACAGUUAUUUCAUUAACAAAUGGCACAUUGCAUAAUAUAGGAAGCAGAUAAAGGUUUAGCCUGAGGGACAGAGAGAAUCAAGUAGUUAGUGAACUUGCAAUCGAACACGAUGAUUGCUUACCUCGCUAGCUGAGCAUCAUGGGAAAUGUAGUUCUUGAAGACCUGCAAUGUAAAAGUUAGCUGUCUCUUCUUUAGCUUGAAUUAUAGCUAAAGACGUGGGCCCAAAAAUGGAAAGAAUUUAGAACAAUGCACAACGAAAAGCAUUAGUAGUUGAUAUAUGGAGUAGUGUUUCAGUAGACAUAAAAAUACAGAAAAUCAGUUUUUUUUGUUUUGUGUUUUUUUUUUUUUUUUUUAAAGAUAGUUACAUGAUUAAAGCAUCAUUGUAAUAUCACUUCUAACAGAAUAAAAAAAUUUAAAGCCACCAUAAAAAUAAUGCAUUUGAUAUAUCAGACUUACCUCCCUUGCAAUGAAGGUUUUUGCUGAUUUCACACCUAUGGAAACAGAGAAGAAAUGUUGUAUAUUUUGCAAGUUGUAGAUGGCUUUUGAAUUAUUUACCAAUAUUUUAUGUUUUACUGCUGCAAGCGAAGCUUGCAUCUAAUUCUGAAUAAACACACGUACCCAGCGGCUAUGCUACAGGGAAAAAACUUAGAAUGGAAUGUCGAACAGUUCUGAUGCUUGCAGCCACAGAGUAUUUCAAAAUAUUAUCUUCUAAUUUCUCUUAAAUGUUCUCUUUUAAGUUCCUAUAGACCCCAAAAGGUCCAUUUAGUAGCUAAACUUGGUUUGCUUUAUAUUGUCUUUCAUGGCUGUUUGUAUUAUUUACAGCUAAAUAAAGUUGUACUAAAUAAUUUGUAGAUGCCUGAGAGCAGCUAGUGGGAGACAUUUUCCUGUGCAUCCUUCACUUCCUGUUGCUGUGCUUUACGGGGUGUUCUGCACAGGAAGUGCUCUUACGCUUUCCGCAGAGGAAGUGCUCUUAAGAGAAUGUGUAAAACAAGCAUGGCUCCUCCCCAGUCAGACAAAAAAACCUGCCACUUUCAAAACGAGAUUCUAUCAGGUGAUGUUAAUAUUUGCACAUCUCCCAGGGAUAUUUACUAAACUGAAAUAUAUCGGCGGAAUUAGAAAUUUUAGGCAGAAUAACAAAACUGGAAAAUUUCUCCUACUUGCCAAUUGUGAUUUAAACACUGCAAUACCCUAGUCAAUUCUUGACAAUUUCAUGGUUAAAAGUUUAACAGGUAUUUGCAGCCACGAUUUUGGGGUCCUAUCCCACUGUGUUCGUUAUAUUCUGCAGUGUCACCAGUGACGUGAGAAGCACCAAUGGCAUUGCCCCCCCUCUCAGGCUCGCCUACCCAUCCACCAAUGUUAGGAGGUAUGUAGUUAGUACCGACAAUCUAACUUACACAGUAAUCAAUUGUGGGGAAUUCAUAGAAAAUUGUACAUUUUAAGCAAAAUAGCUAAACUGAAAUUAUAGCUGGGCUUGGAGAUAUUUUUUGGGGCUAUUUUGGCCCAAAAUAUGAAAUUCACCUUGAGUUGCGGACAAUAUCAUAAAAUAAACCUAAGAGUUACGAACAGAUUCACAGUCCUUCAUUUCAUUACAAAUGAUUGGUCAAAACGAUGGUACUUCAAUGCUCUAAUGGUUUGUAGAUCAUCUGAUAACGUUUGAUACUAUAUGGUAAGAGUAGUGUACCGACUUGCAGUGUGGUAUUGCCCUGACUCUGGGCUUGAACAGGAUUUGUAGAAUUCUGAAACCAAUAUUUCUAUAUAAAAUACUCAAUUAUUUAAACAAGUCGUUAAAAUAAUCCUAUUCAUCUUGUUUUCUUUCUCAACACACACACACAGUUAACCUUGAACUAUUAUUUUUUAUUAGUGUGUUUUGCUUCGAGUGUCACAUAAUGCAUUUACAAGAUGGCUAAUUAGGGGCCACAGUGAUGUUUUGUAGAAACGCGUACGUACGUAUGUAUUUAGGUGUGUGUGUUUUUGUGUUUUGCUAAAGAGGCAUGAUAUUUUACGCCGUGCGUAGCAACUCUAUUGACUCGUGCUGUGUGCAAUAAACAUUCCUUCGUGUUUCCUAUGUUUGGGUAGAAGCAGGGAAUGCCUCUGUGUUGAUCCCCCCUGUUGUGAUGGCAGCAACUCUUAUUGGGGAUAUUCAUGCAAAUUUGUAUUGUGGCUACAAUAAAAUAAUUUAAUUUGACGUUGUAGGGGGAAGACAGAGGGCAACAAGUGAGUGAGCAAAUACGUUGCAGAAGGGGUUUAAAUACUUUGCAGAAAUCUCUGUGUAUGCCUAGGAUAGCAUUCUAGUGCAAACAGUAGAUGCCAACACAGUAAAGGAAGGGGAAAAUGCUUAGGAUGUUUAUAACAUGAACAGAAAAGCCAAAUCAGAGUGUUCAUAGUGGGCAAACUAAGUUGGCCAAAUGGCUCUUUAAAGGGACACUCCAGACCCCUAAAGCACUUUAGCUUGCUAAAAAGCUUAAUGUGUGAAGAGUGUGUCUUUUUUUCAUUUUGGAAAAAGUGCAGGUUUCUAUAGAAAUUGACACUUUUAUAAAUCAUACUGGUUACCUCCCCUUGGCUUUUCAAGCAGACACGUGUCCUGUUACUUCCUGGUUUGGUUAGCUUAUUUGCAUUGAACUCAAGAGGCAGCAAUUGCCCAGAGCACCUGCCUUGCAAAGACUUCUCAUUGAGAAGUAUUGGGAAGUCUGUGAUUGGACAGCUAUAGAAAGCCUGGGCGGGGUUAGAAGAGGAGGGCUUGCCAAGGCGGCAGACAAGAGAUCUGCUGUUUUUGCAAGUUGCUUUUAGAUAUAUCUCCAAUGAUAAAACACAUAAUUAAAUGCAUUAACAUUUUUAUUGGGUGUAUGUCUACUAACCAGUGAUUUUUAUAUAUUUUGGAUUUGGGCAGUGGAAUGUCCUUUUCAGGCCUUGUUUCCCAUUUUACGAAAGUAGUGCUUUUUGUGUCGUGAGAUAACCUCCCAAAUGAUUGUCAAUCUGCAUUCUAAAGCAAUUCCGCAAAUCCAGUAAUCUCAAACUAUAGAAAAGCAAAAUCCUCAAGUCCUUCAAACUCCAGAGAGACGGACGAUUCCUAAGCUGCUGUGUGUCUACAGAUGAAGGAAACAGAUGUGUUGGGAAUUUUAUGCUUCUGGUUUUCAGAAGUUGUAAAAUGCUGUCUGUUUGGUGGAUUCUCUGAGACAUAAACGCAGACAGAGUAACACAAAGUCUGUUAUCAGUUUGUAUAAUAAAAUUCGCAGGCAUCGUUUAACUUUAAAUGAGGCACUGUAGUUACUGAUCAUACUCUGGACUAUUAUUACUAGAAAUCCCGGGGCAGGCUCUCCAGGCCCAGCAGUAGAACAAUCAAGUGAAUGAGAUUGUUUUAGCUUAAUAGUACAAUUACCGUUAUUUUCAUGAGUUUUAAGGAGUCUAUUCACUAAACAGCAAGUUGUAACGAAUAAAUAAUAUAAAAAUAAGUGGCUCCACUCUUCCAAACAGAACUUUAGAAUAAACACUUUUUUUCCAUCUUAUUUUGUAACCCUUUCCAUUCCAGUAGUGAUUUAUAUAUACAUUUUAUUAUUAUUAUUGUUAUUAUUAUUAUUCCUAAUGCAUUAAUUUUACCAUUCCCAUUUACUGCCUGACAGUUGUUCGUUGCCAGUAAAUGAGAUGAUCUCUCUCCCUUCCCACAAAACAACUUUUUUUUAAGUGAGUUAUAAAGUUUGAAAAUAAUUUCUGAGAAAUAAAUGUGUUAAAUUGCAAUAUAACGUGACUACAUAUGUAACAAAAUAGUACUGCGAGAAAAACAACAGUAUGACGGCAUAACUGCAAAAUACAAGAGUUUUAUAACAAUGUUAACGCAAAGAUACAUUUAAAAAUAGCUGUAAAAACACAUAUUUUAAAAUCAUUUAUUGCAUUACCUUUCAUCAACAAACUCAUGUUCUCUGUAGUGGUUGAAAACUCACAAAUAGGCAUAGGACUUACUAAAAAAAAAAAAAUGGAGAAUUCUCUCAACUUUUUUUAAAAUAAAUAGAAACCAAAAAAUGUCAUCAUUAUGCCCGAUUUUGUUAUCAUCAAAAAGUACAAAGGGUAAAAUAUGACGAAAUGCUCCAUGUUACAAAUAGCGCCAAAAUGUUACAUCUCCCAUAAUAUCUAAAAAAAAAUAUAUAUAUAUAUAACAUUACAAAAACUAAUAAUUAUUUUAUUUUGCUUUCUUUUGAGGUGUUUUUUUUAUUUUUUUAAAUUUAACUUUAUGUCACAUGGGUGACCUUCUUGGUGUAGAACUAAAAUGGGGGCCGGAUUCAUUGAUUUACUGGUCAUUAUGCCUGCAAUUAUUAUACAAUCCAAUAUUUUCUGAAACAGGGGGAGAUCCAGAUUUGUGUAUAGUACUCGGUUCCAACGGACAAUGAUCUACUGACCUACUGCUGUGUGUGACACGUGGCCUUCCAUAUUUUAAUUAAAAUAAGGAUUUUUGCAAAUUCAAAGUGAAUUCUAAAUGCAAGGCCCAAAAAGUCAAUCUGGAAAAAUUUCCGAAUCAGCUAUGCUUUCAGCUCAGCUAUUUUGGCCUUAAACCUAAAUUGCGCUUUGAAUUCCUUACUCACUUUCUCACCUUCGUUUAUAAAUCUGUUUAUGUAGUUGCAGCAUUUUUUUCCACUUGACGUUGUAACUGGCGUAGAAAUAACACAAUUACAUUGUAUACAUAUCUUAGACGUCUGUUUAAGCUAUGUAUACAAUACAUACCAUAGCAGAUCUUAGAAAGAUGUUGCAUUAACCUCUUUAAACUUGCCCUUCACAAGAGCAUAUGUAGUGCCACACAAGUGAUAAGGGUGUUGCAUGCAUGGGAUAUUUUAGGGUUUCGCUAGAGCAAGGUUACAAGAAAAAUGAACGCAAGGCAAAUAAUGGUUCCAUUGUUUAAUUUUUCUUUCUGAAAAGUGGCAGUAUAAGAUUAGUUAAAACUGACAAUUAGGAGAUCAGAAUCUGUAAGCUGAAAAGGUGUUAGUAUUUCUUGAUGCAGUAAUUAACUCAUUUAGAUCGUAUCCCUUGUGUUACAUUCAUUACACGACUGUGUAAACAAACAGUAGCUCGAAGAUGGCUUGAUAAACAUUCAAGCAAUUUAUUACAUUUUCUACCGAAUACUUUUACUUCUGGCCCCCUUUCUAGCAUUUAUAUUUACACAUCUAUAUAAUUUAACAUUAUGUACAAUAUGCAUUAUGUAAUGUUGUAAUAUUUGUAAACGCUUAGCUACAUUCCGCAGCUCUGUACAAUUUCUGGAACACACAAGUAAAUUCAACCAGAUAAGUAUUACUUACCGGAACAAGUAGUGGUGAGGACCAUGUGUGUGGAGUUUAUCAAAUCUAAAAAAAAAAAAAAAUAGGUAAAAUUAUAGUCGGUAGUGUAGUACAUGCCAUUAAAAGAUCAGAUCAAUAUAAAGGUAGAUUGACUUUUAGGCCUUGAUUUCACCUUAUGUUAAUUAACAAUUUAAUAUUAACAAUUUAAUAUAUUAAAACAUAAAUAAAAUACUGUAAUAUUUUGAAAAAAUAAUUUUAAAUGUUUAUCCAAAAAAUUAAAUUAAAUUAAAGGAACAUGUAUUCCUGACCUUAGAGUGUUAAAAGCAUCAUUUAGGUGGUUUUUCUCCCUUAAAAAGGAAAUUUAUUAUCUCAGCCAAUUCAAUGCCUUCCUGUAGGAAAAGCAUUGGAUUGGCUGGGAUUGUCAAGAGAGUGGGGAGAAGGGGGUGCUAAACACUGGUUUGCCCUAUCAGCAUCUCUUCAUAGAGAUGGUAUGAAUCAAUGCAUCUCUAUGGGGAAAGUUCAGUGUCUCUAUUCAGUAUCUCUGUGCAGCACUGCCCCAGGAAGCACCUCCAUCUGAGGAGUGGCCACUGGACGUGUCCCUAGGGAGCAAUGUAAAGACAGAUAAAAGGCAGUAUUUACAGCAAAAAGGCUGCAGGGGCAGGUAAUACUCACCAGAACAACUACAUUAAGUUGUAGUUGUUUCGGAGGCUAUUGUGUCCCUUUAGUUUCACAAGGGUUCCAAGUGGUUUGUCAAAAACAAUGCAAUGCUGAGUUAUAGAGGGAUAAAUGGGUUAAAAAUCCAAAAGACUUUGCCCUUACUACUCACCAUUAAUAUCACAAUAAAACCAAACAACUUACAAAUGAAUGUAAAUUCCUUCAUCUUUAAUAUCUCAAGUACAACUUGAUUUUGUGCAGUACUGCCUAUUACCAAGUAGGGGCGUUGCCCUAUUGAGCUCUACAGUCACAGAAACUGCUUGUGUAUGUAAGAGAGCAGUAAGAGAAGGUGCCCUCCAUCAUGCAGACACUGUGAGCAGUAAUGGGUUUACACGAACACUGUACGGUGACAUUUGAAGUUUGCUUCUGGUUAAACAAUGCAUCUCGAAAGAAAUUCCUUUUGUUGUCUGUGUUUGAUGGUGACGGGUUUAGCCCUUUGGAUGCCAGUCGGGCAAGCAACACAAUGUAGUGGCAUGGAAGCAUGUGGCACAGCUUCAGGCAUUUGGUGGGUUAAUAGCACAGUUAAUAGCAGUCCAAGAUCUUCUCGGUAGUCAAUGGAGAAAAAAUAUUUUUUUUUUUGUUAACAUGUGACCCUGUGAUUUAAUCCCUUAAAUAUGCAGGUUUAUGUAUAAGCCAUCAAUGGGGUGUUGAAGAAUCAAGAGUUGUCCCUCCUAAUAUCCCGCAGUAGGAUUGCAGUGUUAGCUGCCAAGAUCACUCAUUCCCAGGAGUCUCUGGGAGAGCAAGAGAAGUACAAAUUAGCUGCUGCGCCUGUUGUAUGCCCAGAAAGGGUCAUCACGACCAUCAGAAAUAAUUUUCAGAAAGCUUCACUCUUGGCAGAGUUACAGUGACAAUGUAAACUGUGUGGGCUGCAAUGUGGGAAGGCCAAGUUCUCUUCCUUGUGAAAGGCCAAUACUGGAGGCUGUCUGUACUCGUUGACUUGAGAGGGUCGCACAGACAGAUGUUUUUCUUUAAAGGGAAAAUUUCCAAGGAAAUCAAAAAAAAAAAAAAGUAAACUAAAUACAAUUUUUUUUUUUAAAUGUUUUUUUAAACGCUAGACAAAAAUAUUUUGAUUGUGAAUGAUAGAUGUUGCUUUCAUUUGAUGCCAGAAUUGGCUCUUAUGAAAUAUUCUUGCAGUUAAAAGCAUUUUUUUUUUUAAACCUCAGUAAUGCCAAGCAUCAACGUGUGGUUGAAGCGUUACUACUGUGGGACUUGUUGUAAAACAUUGGCAGAUAGGACGGGGAUAAUUUUCCAAGGAUGAAGCGAAUCACAAUAUGCUAUGAUGCUAUAAUGCAUAAUACUAACCUAGGCUUAACUAAGCAGAAAGCAACAGAACUGGGGGAAUUAAAGGUUUGCCAGCCGCUUGUAACUUGCCGGAGGAUAAAUUGCAGAUUUAGGGACAUUGUCUAAUUUAUCAUCAGUGACAAGCUUGUUUCUGAAUUAUUUUUUUAUUUUAACAUAUAUCUGGAGUGGUUUGGUAGACGUAUCCUGCAAUUAUCUCAUUUAUAUUUUAAUUUGUUAACAUUCUGGGGUACAAACUAUAUUUUUGAUAUAAGAAAUAUAUUAUCUUAAAAAUUAAUGCAUAAUACAUAUGGUGGAUUUAUCAAUGCCAAUUAAGUGUUAUUUUAGGUGAAAAUUGCUAAAUGUCGAGAGACAUUCUCAUGGUUGCCAUGGUGAUUGCUACUACAUUUGCCCCAGAAUAGCACCUGUUUUUACCUUAAUUAUUCUCCAAAUUACAUUUUAGUUUUUUGUCCUAUGCUUCCCAAAACUGUAUUUCAACUGUACACAGAGUAUUAAACCCAGCACAAAGACUUUUUAUUAUAUGUAUAUGAUUAUAUAUUCUAGUUGAUUCAGCAUUUAGUUGUUUUAUUAGCAUUUGUUCUAACCCCUUGACUUGUCUGACCUCAGAUUAUGAGUUGUCCUAAUUUAUUUUUAUUUUUUUUAGCAUGGGGAAAUUCUUGUUCUGCUUUUUAUCAUGAUGUUAUGACUCAGGCUUAGAAGGAACUUAUUAACCUAUUCUGGGAAACUAGAAUGUUUCUACUCAGAAUGAAAACCCAGCCCAACAUUUAAAGAAUUAGUGGGACCACAAUCUAACAUUUAAUAUUCGGCAGUCAAAGGUAUACUAGUUUGGGGAAAAAAAGCCCCCAAAGAAAAUGGUGAUCAUUGGCAGAUUAGAACAUGACUUCUAAAUCAGGAAAGACAUCUCUUAGAAAUGGACCACUAAUAGCCAAAGUUUUUCUUCUGCACAAACGGGAAUCUCCAAAUCAUGGAUUGUGGGCGAUACAUUAAUGGAUUACUCCAACCAAAAAAAGUGUGUUUACAAAAACAAAAUGAAACAUUGUUUUGUACAGAACAAGCCUUUUUAUAUGUCCCACACAAAAAUAAAAUAAAAUAAAAAAGGCUAAUACUUACCUCUGUUCCAGCCCCAAAGCAGCCCGAUCGUUCUCUGCUGAUGUCACUUCCCCUCACAUGUGGACAUGGGUUGCACGGAACGGGGCUAUCUGAGGCCAGCGUGCUGCAUCUGCUGGCAUCAGAUGCCAAAUAUGUACAGAAUUUAUAAUAGCCAUCCUGAAAUUCUUAUUCAGGGCUGGCUAAUGAUGCCCUAAUGAUGCGGCUGGAGUUAGAGUUACACCUUCGGCAGCUGAGGGGUUAAACUAUGUGAGCCUUUCAUAGUGAGACGCAGCACUUGAAAUCAGUGAAGUGGUUAUGGUGGCAAGAAUAAGCCUUUAAGACAAAAUCCUACUUUGUAGCAUUUUACAUGUAUACAUAAUCACUUAUCGUUCGCGAACGUCAAACAUGAACUGUGUAUUUGACAUCAAUAGAAAAUAGAAUUAUAUGUAACCGUAAUGUGACCUAAUAUUCUUUAAUUCUCCCAUUAAACACAGAAUCUCAUUGACUUGAAGCUUAAUUAGAUGAACGCAAUGAGAAUAAAUAAAUAAAGCCUUCAUUGCAAUGCACAUUGUGCGUACAACUCCAUGGCCUUUUCCACUCGCUGCUGAGUGCUAAUAACAAAUAUGUUUGUUCAGCGUAAGUAAGAUGUUCUUGUCUUUCAAAAGGUACAUUCUCCUGCUACAGCUUGCCCAGCGUAGAUUGGAAAACGGUUUUAGACCCUAUAAACAUUUGUGGAAUUCUUGCUUGUCAAACUUUUAUUUUUCAGGCCCUUUAAAAAUUACUUUGAGAAAUCAAUUCUAGAAUUGUUUGAUUUUGUGUUCUGUAACUAUAUGAAUUAUAUCAGGCACAGUUGACAGUUUUUCUAGUGUAAAAUUUACAAUAAUUGGAGUAUAUUUUCAAACGAUUUUAGUUUGUGAGAUAUUGUAGCUACCAGUGUCCCUGUGGCAAUUAACACACCAAAAGGGGUUGAUGCCAGUUUGAAUACACCAAAUGGUUGGCUAUGAUUCUACAUAUCUGAAUCCUCCUUUACCCCAUGGCAGGAUCGGAACAAAAAUUUGGAUGCAUAACGACAAAGUUAAACCCACUCAACAUCCCUUACAAUCCAUCUGAGGGGAUGUGCUUAUGGUGCUUCAAAAGGAUUUGUCAAAAAUAAAAGGGCCAACACCCAAAGUCUGCGAGCACCAUAACCACUUCAGUAAGCUGCAGUGGUCAUGGUCUUUGGACUGUCCAUUUUAAUUCAACAUUAUUAGUUUUUCAAACUAAUAAAAUGAUUGUUGGCCUGCAUGUUUAGGGUUUUUCACUGGGAGAGUAUUAAAAGUUUUGCUAUUGCCACAUUAUUGCUAUAUUAACCACAAUUCCUUUUUUAUAAAUGUGGCCCAUUGUUUCAGAUUUUUAUUUUUUUUUAAACAUUGUGGCUUCUUGUUACAGUUACAAAACAAGUUUAUAAAGUCAUGAUGAAGUCAUAUGAAGUAGCAGACAGAACUUUGAAUUAGUUUCUGUGUAUCAGAUUCCUCGUGUUUGCUGGAGUGCACAUUUCCCGGUAUAAGGUGCAAGCUUGCACUUGUAGAUCCUUAAAUAACUACCAGUAGGCUCUGUAGACACUAGGCCAACAGCGACCUGAUACUAUCUAAUUGUUUAGUCUGAUAUUUGUGUAAGAACCUUACCUUCUAUUGUUUGUUACCCUGACAGGGAUUAUGUGAAAUAGUCCCCUGGGGAGACAACACUGGGGGUGGAGACACGCCCACUUCGCCCUCAACCAAAUAACUCACAAAAAAUUACAGCAACUUCAAUAUAUAUGUAUAAUACUUACGCUUUCACUUGGAAUGAGAUUAUAAUUAGUGCUUAAUUAUUCCCUGUCAAACAGGUUUCCUUAUUCUUUGUUAUCAGCAGAAGAGUUAAUGGGGAAUUUUAAAAAGAUCAGAUUUUAGUGAUAAAAAACUGCCACAGGGCUAAGUGCUUCCGUGAUCAAUUAGUUGGCUUUAUGCUGGCUGGAAAUGUUGGUAGACUUGGCUAAUUGUAAAUUAAACUAGUACUAACACUGUAGUUAUUCCAAUUACAAUAAAUAAUUGGUGUAGAUAGUCUCUGUUUGGGUUAUUUAGAACACUAUCCAAUCAGGAAUUCUCGAGCCCUUAACAGGGCCCUCCAAGCACUAUAACCACUUUAGUUUGACAUAGUGGUUGUAAUGUUGUAAAGUCUAUGAGAGCCAUCUAAAUAAUUCUGUUAAACCAUUAUAGAACUCUGGCUCUUCCCAAGUAUCCGUAGACUGCCCCCUCUUAGGAUGCACUGAUAAAACAGAAACUACAUUUCUACAUUAUAAAGUGCGAUUACUAGGGUAGAUAGACAAAAAAUACAGCCAAAAUAAGGAAGAGGCUCCAGAAUUUCAGCAUGGCUGGACCCCAAGUACACAAUGGCUGCAAACAUUUUAUAGAUAAGAAUGUGAAAUUUCUUAAAGGACAACUGUCCCCUCAACACUAUUUUUAAAUAUAAUGAUCCUUCCAUCAAGCUUUGAAAGAAAAUAGAUUCUUUGUUAAAUGAAGUGUAAAAUUAAGUGUAAUGUUAAAAUAUGAAAAAUGUGUAUCCCUACUUUUAUUUUACAACAGGAUCAUUCAGCCAUAUACAUGCACCUUGGGUCAGACAGUGUUUGAAAACAAACAGUCUCGAUGGUCUUCCCUGCUUCACUCCCUGGAGAGUGCAGUGACAUCAUUAGAACAACUAACAAAUUCAAACACUGUCUGAUCCAACAUGUGUAUAUAUAUAUAUAUAUAUAUAUAUAUAUAUAUAUAUAUAUAUAUAUAUAUAUAUAUAUAUAUAUAUAUAUAGCUGAAAGAUCCUGUCCUAUACUAAAGACAGAGAGCAGUUUUCUCAUUUUCUACAUAUACAUAAUUUUAAAAAAUAAAAUAAAAAAUUAUAUAUUUAUUCUUUUAUUACUUGAUAAAGGGAUUAUUGCAUUAAAAAAAAAAUAGUUUGGAGGGGUCAUUUCACCUUUAAUAUGUCAUUGGUGAAAAGGGAGGUGGGGCUCUGGGUGCCAGAGUAGCCCCUCAUUUCUGACAAACUGCUUAAAAAAAAUGCAAAAAAACAAAUACAAAACAAAAACAAACAAGAAACAAACACAUAAGGACUGCACCCACAGAUGCUACAAUACGCUGUAGUGGUUAUGGUGCUUUGAGUGUCUCCUUAGCUGAAAAAUUAAUAAGGAUAACUUUCCCCAGCACAGACAAUUUAAUUUGCAAUUUUGCUUGAGUGAUGGAAUCUUUUAACACGCAUAUGAAUAUUUGUGAUUGCUGCUAACGAUGUCUCUUAUGAAGGUAAUGCGUCUCUUAGUAAUAGGUGGAACUCUAUUUGAGGCUUUGUAUGACAGUUUUAAUAAUGAGGCAGAUCCCUUUAUAAAAUGGCUGCAGGGAGGUAAGUCAUGCUACUGUAUAGGGAGGUUGCCAAACCAGUCUUCGUAACAGCCUGGGAGCGUUUAUUGGUGUACCCAAUUUAUGGGUAGCGCUGGGAAAUUUGCUUAGGAAUGCAAGCACUUGCACUACCAGUAUUACUAGUGUAUAUUUCCCAGUCUGUCUCUAUGCAAUCUCAGUAUCAUGUGAGCAUAAGAUAAUGUGACUUUUAUUGACUUUUCUUCCUUACAAGGUGCGGAGUGUUUUGCUUUAGUGACUUUACUGUGCCUGCUUCUCUUCUUUGGCACCAAAUGAUUGAAAAGCCAUCUUGCACAGUUUUCUGAUACUGCGAGAAAUAACCUUUUGAAUGACAGAGGUGUGCUUUUAAAACUGCAAUGGACUCACCUCUGCCAUGCAAAUGUUUAAAGUGGAUAAGUCACAAGGUUGGCUUUUGCAAAACCAACUCGUUAAAGGAACUCUAUAAUAUCAGGAAUAUAACAUGUAUUCCUAACACUAUAGUGUUAAACUAUUUAGGUCACCGACUCCCCCUUGCAUCGAUUUGAAAAGGUAAUUUUACUAACCUUUUCUCCCAUGCCGGUUUUGCUGUGGCUGGUUCCGCCUCCAUGGCUGAGAUCAGCAAUAAACUUGAUGAUCUCAGCCAAUCCAAUGCAAUCAAUGCAUCUCUAUGGGGAACUUUCGGAGCUUCCAUGCAGAGCCACUAGAGGUAAACACUGCUUUUUUUUCUAGGCACCAUAAGCGCGUCAUCUGAUUGAAGUAGUUAUCUGGAUUCCCCUGGUGCUGUCCUUCCAUUCAGCAUUAAACUGUUUAUAAUGUUUCAAUGCUAAACAAGAUUGCCCAGAAACACAUCCCCUCUGAACUGCUGGGUCUAUUGAGGAAGCAUUAGCUCGAUCAGUUUUGGGCAGCUGAGAUUUCCUGAGAGUGUCAGCUGACCAAAUUCAGCCUAUCACAGUGCCAUUUCAGGUAUCAAUCACUUGAACUACAAGGAAGUAUGUAAUCUCACUUUAGCCACACCUCAAGUGGGAUUAUGAGAUGCCAGGGACCCUCACUCAGUGUUAAACUGCUCGAAAAUGGUUUAACACUGAAUGGAGGGACAGUGCCAGGGUACUCCAGGCACUGUAACCCAUUCAAUGAGAUGAAAUGGUUAUAGUACCUACAGUAUACCUUUUAGUCUGACUCAAUUGCCAUUGAUUUUCUGCUUUGAAAAUUGAUUCUGUCUUAGAUCAAUAAACACAGCUUUGUGCAACAUUGUGGGUAGUGAAGUGAGAAGAGGAUCUACAAAAAGAGAAAAACAGUAAUAUAUGAAUCUGAUUUAAACAUUCCACAGAAAGUGACUGUUACAGUUAGAUAUAACAAUAAUUGUGGAAUGAGCAUGUGCAGACAGCCACUGGGCUAUAUGCGGAUUAGAGAAUGGGGAAAUGUGAUUUAACAAGCAUUUGCUACAGGCAUGCCCUGAUUAGGACAUUUAUAAAUGGAAACAUAAUUAGAAACAGCCUUGAAAAAUAAUGGAACUUUCGGCAAAAUGCUGCUUCUGUUAAAUCUGUAAGAAGCUGUUUUCGUGCGACAAGAUUCUAUUUUUUCUAUGUUUCCAUUGCUGCUAAACAGGACAGUACCAUCAGUCAAUUCCAAUUGGUUGAGCAGUUUCCUGGUAUCAUCUCAGCCAAUAGGAAUAUAGCUUAUUUUUUUUUAGAACUUAUCUGAGCUUCCCUGCACACUCAUUUUGAAAAUGAUGUCAUUGCUGUCCAGUGCAUCAUAUGAAAACCUAAAAACUCUUAAUGGUUUUCUUUUUAAAUAUAUUCUGGCUGAAAAAAAUGUCAACUGGUUAAAUAAUGUAUGGCUAAGUAGCCUCUAGCACUGAAAGGGAAAUGAUCACAGACGUCUCAACUUUACUUGUGACACAAAAUGGUUUGCAGCGCAUUUCAUCUCUUAGUGUUUUGUGGUUUGCUCUAGAAAAUAUCAAUGCUUCAUGCGAUGGGUGCCCAAAGCGUAAUUCUCCAGUGGUUUUAGAAAUAAAACACCCAUGUUGUUUUGACAGCUUUAAAGCAAAACUGUAAACAAAGUUUUUUUCCUGGUACUAUAGCUCCCUAUAGUGCCUCCCUCAUUACACCUCCCCCAAGGUAGUUAAAAACCCCUUCUGUCACUUACCCUCGGUACUGGUUUAGGCUCUGUCUUCUCUUCUUACUCGCAGUAGGACUUUCCCCAUAGGAAAAUAUUGUAUAAUGCUUUCCUAUGGGGUUUUGGGUGAUGCUGGAUGUCCUCCGGCAUAGCGUGAGGACGUCCAGCGUCAGUUAGGCAACCAAAAGUCACCUAACAGUAUGGAAGCCCCUCUAGUGGCUCUCUGUCAAAAACUGCAAUAAUUACCAUAGCAGGGUUAAAGGACCUGGGACACUGCACCCAGAACACUUCAAUGAGCUGAAGUGCUCUUAGUGCCUAUAGUGUCCCUUUAAUAAUGCCUGAGAAUCAUGGGAGUUUUAGCUAUGAAACAGCGAAUGAUCUACCUCUGGGCACCCCCAUCUUAUACUAUUUGAUUUUUAGAGAUUUGUUUCUUUAGUUAAAAUACACCAUGCCUGGAAAUGGCUAGAAAAAAACCUAGUUGGCUAAAAAUCUCCUCAGAAUGUUGUUUGGAGGGGCACGGAAAAAACAAAGUUGAACUAACCCAUAUCAUAUCAGUCACUCCGUGGAGCAUGAACACUGAAACAUAUUUUAAAAUCCUUUUUUCAUUUCUGCAAAGAAGUGAAACUGUGCGUCAACACAUUGUCACCACAUGAUGAUUUAGCAUUUGAAAAGAGUUCUGUCAGUCACAGACUGACUCCCUCAAGGUCAUCUUUUCAGUUGGUAUCUUCAAAUCGGAGAUAAAUUAAGAAUUUAUCCGGACUGUGAAAAAUAACAUCCGUGUGUAAGAAUCCAGUUUUGCUUGAAAGAAAGAAAAAAAAGGCUAUACCUCUAGUACAACUAAACAGGAAGGUAAAAAAGUUCUUUAUAGAUUUUAGAUAAUUUUAGCAAUCAGAUUGUUUGCACUCAUAUAAUGUGCCUGUACUUGUUUAAAAAAAAAACAAACAAAAAAAAACAACUAGUUUUCAAACGGAGUGGGGCAAAGACAUUAAAUAUCUGCCCUAGGCUCUUCUUUCUUCCGGUUAACAAACUUUUAAUACUCACAAAAAGACAGAUCUGUGGUUUAUAUAUAGGUUUUGUUUAUGACCUUUCACAGUUCUUAGUAGCAAUUAUAAAGUGAUCACUUUCAUCUUUUGAAGUGUUAUGUUAUAGACACUUGAAUUAUCAAAAAGUUAACAUUGGCUGAAGCAUUCAUCUUUGUUCAUUUGUAGACUACAAUUUGAGUGAAAGUCAAGUUUUAAACUAUUCAGUUGGCAUUUGUUAUUACUUUACAUUCAAUGUGGUUAUAAGUAAAGAGGUUAGUUAUUUGUGUAAAAAGAAAAAUUUAAUUUCCCCUCAAAAACUUACUGAUAGAUACAAACAAACCAACGGUUAUAUUGCAGUCUCUUGAAUUACCAAAACAAAGUUUAAAUUGACUGAAAGCAUUCAUCUUGGCUCAUUUCUAGACUACAAUUUAAGUGAUUUUGAGCAAAGUUUUAAACUAAUAAGCCGGUAUCUGUUAUGACCACAUUGAAUGUGAAGUAAUAUGUAAAGGGGUUAGUUAUUUGUGUAAAAAAAAAUUAACCAGAAGCUUCCUCAGCUACAAACAAAACAAAUACAUCAAAAUGUAUUACUUAUUGAAAUUCACCCAUAUAAGGAACACUUCGCUAGACAUUUGUACAUAAAAAGCUGCAAACGUUACCGGCAAUUAAAGGAACACUUUAGUGUUAGAAAGACUCCACCUCCCCCUAACCCCCAAUCUCUCACCGGCAAUGUAAAGGGUUAAAUAAUCCUUUAUUCACUUAACUAGUCACCCUUUGUCUCCCCCGAAGUUAGACGAUGGAAGGGACCUAAUUCAAUGCUCAAUGCUUUUCUUAAGGGGUUUUCCUUGACAUUAAAUGUCUUCAUGCAGAGCGUGAAAACGUCCAGCAUAAUUUCACAGAGAAAAUCCGUUAAACUCCAGGAAGUGCCUCUAGUGGCUGUGUGGUAGAAAGCCACUAGAGGCAGUCUUAGUACUGCAGUAUAAACAUUGCAGUUUCUCUAAAUCUGAAAUGUGUUACAUUACAUGACUAAGGGGGACAGGGACACUGCACCCAGACCAUUUUGAUGGCAUGGGUGCCUGUACUGUCCUUUUAAUAUAAUAGUGGAUAAUUAAAAUCCAGGCAGAUAUAGAAGUCUAGCUUGUUUAUAGUCCAGAGCUUAAAUUUCAUAAACUUUCCAAACAAUGUAAACAAUGUUCGAAAAACUGUAGAAAUUAUUUAUCUGUGGAAGUCACCAUUAAAGUCCAAGGGGAUUUUUGAAGAUGAAUCAUUUAUAAAAAAUAUUUGUGUCUGUUUUCUUUCUUACAUUUUUUUUUUUUAACAGUAUCAAAUUAUUGAAAUACUCAUUAAAUCUAAGCCUAGGUUAGCAAUUGCCAAUAUGGGCCAAAAUAUCAGAUAUUCCACCAUGCUGAAUACUGGCAAAGUAUCCUGGGAAAAUAAAGUUUGCAAACAUCAGCAGUGCCAUUAAUUUAGGCUUCUGAGUAUAAUGGGAAAAUAAAGACUGACUGGAAAUUGUGUCAUCAGUGAUCUAGAGUUUUGAAGCGAAGUCAUAUACCGUUUCUGAUUUUAGUUGGAAUAGUGUGUCAGCGACUGAUUUACACAGAGUCUACACUUAGUCCAAAUCACACCAAGGGUAAAAGCUACUUUUUAUUUUUCAAGAGUUGUUAACCAUCUCUGUGGCCAUUAUGAAGCACCUGGGGGCUAUACUUAGCUUCUAUGCAGCGUAUGAUUGACUUGUCCAGGUGUUUGCAUUUACUAGUCAUCGGACGUGGCUGGGCCAAGAAUUUGUCAGACCUAACAAACUGCAGGUCAAAGGUAAUGUAUGUGGAUACUGCAAUCAGUGGAGCACCCUCAGUAAUGUACCACCUGUUCUGGACACGUGUCCAACAUCAGCUUUUUAACAUUUACUAGCAGAAUAAGAUCAAUUUUCCAGGGAUACUGGGCAGUAUCCUCUACCAUCUUUAUGAAACAGGACCACAAAAAUUGAAUUCAUACAGAACAAGUGUAAGCAGGUUUAUUUUUUUUAGGAGGGCUCUCAUCAUCUGUUCCUGUUCCUGUCAAAUAUUUUUUUGUCAAAUUUCAGUUCUAGAUUUUUACAUAUUUCUAAUUUAUAAACCACACAUAAGAAGCAAAAAAAAAAAAGACCUCUCAAAAACCACCCACGCAUUCAUUUCACAAGUAUUGGUAAGAAUGUAUGUGACUUACAGUCACACAAGGUUAUUCAUAUUAUCGGGAACUGUGGAAAAUUGAAUAGGAUCAUCAGCUUGCGUCAUUGCUGUACUUAACCCAGUUUACACAACUGCAAACCCGGGCUCUGUACACAAUGAUAGCAACUGCAGUAUAACAGCUGCAGGCCUCCCAACAGUCCCGAUUUCAGGGUCCUGUCUGCCAGGUGUCCCUGAAGUUGGGACUGUUCAUUGGUGUCCCGCUUCUGGGGACACCAGGAAAGUGUUCCGAGGCGGAACUAGUGUUUCCAAGAGCGGGCACUAGGACCAUGCCAGAAGCUCUUCAGCACUCCUUGCAUGGUCCUGAAGGUUGGGGGCUGGUCCAUUCCACCCAUAAUGGGCAUCACAUGGGUCACUGGCAUCACUGGCAAAGCCCCUCAGGGCUUCCUCCAUCCCAUCCCGAUUCUCUGCUCCAGAUUGUUGGGAGGUAUGCUGCAGUCCGUUUUUUUGAGCAGUUCCAUUCUUCCUAUGUAAUGAUUAGAACUGCGGGCGUGGAGUUAAAGUCCUUAUUCCACAAACCUUUGCUUUAGUGUUUUGGGAGAAGAUCAUACACCAUAGUCUAGAGCAGUGGUUCCCAAACUAGUCCUCAUGGCCCAUGAUUGAUCCAAGAUUGAUGUAUUUCCCUGUUUUAUUCCUAUGGAGAUACUGACAAAACCUGGACUGUUGGUGAGUCUUGAGGACUGGUCUGGAGAACGAGUCUAUUGACUGGUGGAGCCUCUUCCUAGUCAAGGAGGGCUGUGCUAGCUGCAAAAUGAAAUGCAAAAUGUCUAUUUUUUACCCAUUGGGUGUUUUUUCUCUUUUUUUUGUUUGCUUUGCAUAUUAUUCCCAACACAGCUUUAUUUAAUAAAUACAUUCCUGAUGUGAGGAUCAAUUCCUGCCCAUCGCACUUUUAAUCCUUUGUUAGGCAGAGGGGACGAAGAAUGUUUUGGAGUAGCCAUCGAAGGGUUAUAUCAUGCAUAUGCCCUCUAAUACAUUCACCCAUAACCAAUAGAGCCACAGUACAGCUGAUGGUAAUCAGAAGGGCAGUUUAUUCCUUGUUCUGUGAGAUAGAAGUUGCAUUUCUUUGGCAGACAGAAUAUCUUGGAUCCUGUAACCUUACUUUAGGGGAUUUAUGCCCCCACAUCUCCAAUCGCACGACUGAAAUAUUAUCUAAAUGUGUUUGUGAUGCUGAUUUUGCUUAGAGAGCACUUUCCACUCUCCUACAUCUGCUCUCUCCAAUUCUCUCAUCCUUUGGGGGCAAACAAAGUGUUUUCUGGCAAUAUCAGAUGCAGAUUUAGAGAAUAAUUUGACUUCUGCUGAAAUUAAACAAGAACAAUCACAGUAUCCCGUAGCUGUUCUUUAAUGGAAGGAUAAAUAAUUCAUCAACAUGCUUUAGAUGAUGGCUGCCAUAUUCCUUGAGUUUAAAAGACCCUUUAGAAACUAGGUCUAUAUGUAGCAACAUAUUAACCCUUUAUGGAUAAUAAAGCUCACAACUGAUGCAAAGGAGUUAUGGUGCUUGGAGUUUCUUUUCUAAAAGGGUCAGGCAAUUGAAAAAAAAAAAAAAUAAAAAAAAAAUCAAACCAACAAUAUUUUUUUGCCUAUUACCCCUUCUUAGUUUUAGUUUUUUUCCAUUUAAAAUGUUUUUUUUAAAUUAAUUUUUAAAAAUAUUUUCGAUAAAAAACAUUUCACGAGAAAGAAGAAAACAAAAAAAGGAUCUUUCUUACAAUGUAUAUUUUCUAUUAGUCCACUCAAUCACAGUCUAUUUCAUUGAGCUCGUUGUCAUUUUCAUCUUUUUAAAGUCCCUCUUAUUGAACGAGAGAUGAAAUAUUAUAAAAACUGUGCUGGGUUUAUUUACAAAAUCAUAAUUUUUAUUUUAAUUGGCCUUUCUGUAUAAGUAAAUAGAAAGGUUUCGGAGAGAUAACAAGGCUUUCUAAAGGCCACACAAUACGAAAAUAUUAAUAAAUAUAUAAAUAGAGCGAGAGAGAUCAAUCACACACACAACUAUUGUGGAGCCAAAAUACAUUGAAAUUUGUCCUAUAUAUUUCCAUCUGAUUUUAUUAUUAUUACAAUUUUUUUUUUUUAUAAACUAAAGGAUAGACUUAAAAGGGGUUUGUUUUUGUAUUAAAUCAGGGGAUUGGUGAGUAGACCAGGUCACAAACAGUUAAUGAAAAGACCACACCAACAGCUUCCUGAUUAUAAGUGUCACAUUUCUAAGCAGCCUCUACAUAAUCUAAGAAACGUCAGUUAUGUUAUUUAACCUUUUUAGUGCUGGAACGAAGCUACACUUUAAUCUAUUUGACACUGCAAGGAAUGAAUUACACCGAUUGCCCAUAAGUCAAUCUUGUUUGGAAGAGCUGCAUUAACCAGAGGGGUAGUGAUGUUAACCUUUGCACUACUGAUGUUUUCCAACUACAAUUCCCAUGAUGUUAAGCUAGCCUAAACACUGGCUGAGCAUAAUGGGAAACGUAGUUUGCAAAUAUAUGUUGGAUCAGCAAUACAUUAAAGCAGGGGUGCCCAAAAGGUAGAUCCUCAGAUGCUUUAAGACAACAGUUCCCAUGAUGCUUUGUCAUUCUAAAUAUAUUCUAGAUGCAUGCAAAGCAUCAUGGAAGUUGUAAUUCUACAACAUCUGAUGAUCUACCUAUUUGGCACACCUGCAUUAAAGAAACAUGUAUCUGCCAAGUUCCACAUGGAAUUGGGGACCACACUGGACCCAGAAAGCAUUAUGGGUCAUGUCUUAAUUUGGUACCCUGCCCAAGGUCACAUCAUAUUUUAAUCCAGCUCUGGUUUUUGGUAGAUGUUGAUAUCUGUCUUAAAACUUAUGCCCAAGUUCUGACAUUCCAUAAUAAAUCAGGACACAGAACCCUUUGCAGUUUCUAAGCUACAGGAAUUCAUUUCUUCUUCUUUGCUGUGAUUUUAAGUCUACCUCUAAUAUGGAACAUGCUAUAUAUCCUCCUAAAAUAUAAUAAGUUAAAUGUCUACCAUAAGCCGAGAUAAAGAGCAGCGUAUCCUUAUGAUGUAUUGUAAAGCCCACAGAUCUGAAAACUCAAUUUCAGAAGCAUCUGUGCAACCGUCUUUCAAAUAUCCAAAAGAAUUAUUUUUGCUUGAAUCUAUCAGGAUAAAAGCAAAUGGCUGGUCUCAUUGUGCAGAAUUAUAUAUAAAGGAGGGUAAUUUACCAAGUGUACAAGUGCAGAUUGUAGUCUUUAAAGGAGGAGGAACAGGCUGAAUAUGGCUCACAAUGCAAUUUAAAUUAAUUCUCUGUUCCAAGUGCGAUAACUGCAGGAUUGCGUUUCAGAUCUGGAUACACGUCUGUGCCCCAUGCAUUUCUUAGUAUCAGUGUAACUUCUUAACGACUCUGUGGGCUAAAUUGAUUGACUCAUGUACCCCUGUCCAAAUUCCAUCCUACUUCUCUACUUUUGCAGUGCUGCCCCUCUUUAUCUGCAUCCCUCUUUGGUACUUUCCAUUUUCGAGCAUCCUCCUCAGAACUUAUCCUCUCCCUGCACACCUUGCAGUGUUUCCUCCUUUCUACAUCCAUUACAGUGCUUUCCCCCUCUGUACACCCCCUGCAGUGCUUCACCCUCUCUCUGCAUCCCUUGCAGUGCUUCCCCCCCCUCUCUCCACCCCUGCAUAGCUUUCCCCCUUCUCUCCACCAGCUGCAGUGCUUUUCCCCUUCUCUGCACCCCUGCAGUGCUUUCCCCCUUCUCUGCACCUCUUCAGUGCUUCCCCUUCUCUACACCCUCUGCAGUGUUUUUCCCCCUCUCUUCACCCCUGCAGUGCUUCCCCUCUCUUCACCCCCGCGGUGCUUUCCCCCUCUCUGCACCUCCUGCAGUGCUUUCCCCCUCUCUGCACCCCUGGCAUUUGCUUCUCCCCCCUCUCCACCCCAUUUGCUUCCCCCCUCUCCACCCCUGCAGUUCUUCCCCCACCCCCCUGCAGUGCUUCCCCCUCUCCACCCCUGCAGUGCUUUCCCCUUCUCUCCACCCGCUGCUGAUUCCCCCUUCUCUCCACCCGCUGCAGUGAUUCCCCCCUUCUCUGCACCUCUUGAGUGCUUCCCCUUCUCUACAUCCUCUGCAGUGCUUUCCCCCUCUCUUCACCCCCUGCAGUGUUUCCCCCUUCUCUGUACCCCUUGUAGUGCUUUCCCCCUUCUCUGCACCCCCUGCAUUGCUUUUCCCCUUCUCUGCACUCCCUGCAGUGCUUCCCCGUCUCUGCACCCCUUGCAGUGCUUCCCCCCUCUCUGCACUCCCUGCAGUGCUUCCCCUUCUCUGCACCCCUGCAGUGCUUGCCCCCUCCUCUAUACCCCUUGCAGUGCUUUCCCCCCUCUCUGCACACCUUGCAGUGCUUCCCCCCUCUCUGAACACCCUGCAGUGCUUUCCCCCCUCUCUGCACACCCUGCAGUGCUUUCCCCCCUCUCGGCACACCCUGCAGUGAUCUUCCCCUUCUCUCCACCCCUGCAGUGUUUUCCACUCCUCUCUCCACCCUCUGCAGUGCUUUCCCCCUUCUCUGCACCUCCUGCAUUGCUUCCCCCUUCUCUGCACCCCCUGCAGUGCUUUGCCCCCUCUUUGCACCCCCUGCAGUGCUUUCCACUCUCUCUGCACCCCCUGCAGGGUUCCCCCAGUCUCUUCCCCCUGCAGCGUUCCCCUCUCCUAUUACCUUCUGCAGUACCCUUUUCUCUCUUCAUCCCCUGAAUGUUCCCCCCCCUCUUUUUUACCUUCUGCAGUGUUCCCCUCCUCUAUUCACCCCCUGAUCUUCACUCUGUAACCUCUGCAGAGCUGUAUUGCUCCCUUCUUCUGUUCCCAGCUCCUAUUCCAGACCUAUCCCCAAUCUUCUCCACUUAUGCUUCUUAUGACAAUUCUUAGAGCAGGCAAAUGCCAUACUUGUUUUAACCUGACUGUUCAUCUGUAGACAUAUGUUACGGUUGUAAAUAUAAAUUCAUGUCAUGUUGUGGGAAGUGGUGUAUUGUGUCAGAGUAAACAGUUUUAAAUAGGAACAAUCACUUCCCUGGAAUUUUUAAUACUAUACAUAUAUUUAAUAAAAUAGGUUUAUUGGAAGGUGUGAAAGAUCGUUCAUUGAAAUAAACACAUAUUUGACAGAUCUUAACUUUGUUGGAUUGAACAAGUCUAUCUUGUUCCCAAAUCUGCAAGUAGGAUGUUUCCUUAUUCUUGUAUCUACAGUGUACACUACUAGGGUUAUUCAUUAAACUUAUAAUUCAAAGUGGAUUUAGAAUGCUCACUUUAUUGAAUAUCCCUAUAUGAUUUUCUGUUCUCGUUUGAAUGUUCUCGCUGAGGACAUUUGAGUGAAUAGCAUCCCAGAGUUAAGAUUGAACCACUCUAUGCCAUUACAAGAGAGCCAAUCUGUGCUCCAGAAUAUGUGAGUGUACAUAAUUACCUUUAAGAUUGUGAUGUAAAUUUAAAAACAUAUUACACCGUAGAGCAUCUCUCUCUCUCUUUUGUUUCUAUUAGAUAUCCUAAGGACUUACACAAAUUGGAGACAAGUUCUAUCAAUCCACAAAUGGGAUUGUGCUGCACAAAUAUAUAUACCAGAGCUGAUUCCAUUUUUGUAAUUACUAUAUCCACUACAUUAUUGAAUUCCUUUCUCUCUCAUACUGUCCUUGAAACCCUGAGGUGCAUGUUACUACAUUUUUUACUUUCAACUGGUUGCCUUGAUUUUAAUGGAACACUAUAGCAUCAGGAAUACAAAUACAGAGUGCCUGUUGACUGUUUUGGUCCCCAGCUAUUACCUGCAGGGAGUAAAAAAAUAUAUAUAUAUAUACCUUUACCUUUUCUACUUUGCUGUUAAAGUCUUUGUGGGGAAGCUCCACCUCCUUGGAUUAGAUAAUCAAGAUCAACGAUCUCAGCCAAUCUAAAAUGUUUACAUUUCAGGGUUAUGGCGGUCUCUAGAGGCGUUUCCUCCGUGAAAUGUUGCUGAACAGUUUCCAUUUUGCAUGAGGACGUACACUGUCUUGAUUCAAUGCUUUCCUAUGGGGAAGGCCUAAUGCGCAUGGCACUUGCCGCGCAUGUGCGUUUGGCUUCAGAUCUCCAUGACAUUGGCCCAGUCCAGUGCCAAGGAACCUUAGGUAAGUGGAAAAAAAAGCAGUUUUAACCCUUUAUUUGCAAGCUGGAAGGUGGGGACAGAAGGAGAUUAUAGUGUUUGGAAUAUAGUUUUGUUUUCCUAACACUUUAGUGUUCCUUUAAACACUGCCUCUACUUCUUGCAAUGUACAUCAUUAUCAAUUUUGCUUCCGCUGCAUUUUGAUUUAAAGGUAUGCAUUGUAAUGUAAAUAGAAACAUAGAAACAUAGAAUGUGACGGCAGAUGAGAACCAUUUGGCCCAUCUAGUCUGCCCAAUUUUCUAAAUACUUUCAUUAGUCCCUGGCCUUAUCUUAUAGUUAGGAUAGCCUUAUGCCUAUCCCACGCAUGCUUAAACUCCUUUACUGUGUUAACCUCUACCACUUCAGCUGGAAGGCUAUUCCAUGCAUUCACUACCCUCUCAGUAAAGUCAUACUUCCUGAUAUUAUUUUUAAACCUUUGUCCCUCUAAUUUAAGACUAUGUCCUCUUGUUGUGGUAGUUUUUCUUCUUUUAAAUAUAGUCUCCUCCUUUACUGUGUUGAUUCCCUAUAGAAUCUCAACAAUUCAUGGAAAAUAAUUUUUACAUUUAGACUUCGUUAUUAUGAACAGGUAUGCUCAAAACGCUGAGUCUUUAUACUCCGUCACAUGAUAAAAUAUCUGGCAGAAUCGGAGAUGCACUAAGUGACCAUGUGGUUAGAAAUGCUUCUUCGGCUUUUUAAACAAACAAAUGUAACAUAAAGCAGAUUAUUGAUCCAGUAUCACAAAUAUCCUGCCUGUUCUAUCCAAUUUGUCACUUCAUCUGAAUUACUACAUACAUUAUACAUACUGCUCACUCGAAUCAUGCAUAAACAUUUAGCAUCCUUGGAUGCCUAUACAUCUAUAAUCAGAUUAAUAAACCUAAUCUGUUUGUGGCUGAGAAUUCAUUUUAUUUUAACCCUGUGUCGAGGUGCGUGGCCAAAUUACCCACACUCUGUGCUUCUCCAGCAAUUGAACAUAUGUGAUUUAUGUCCCAAUCAGAAUUAUACUUUGUGUCCUGCUUAGCUGAUAAUUUAAUAAUAGCAAUUUAUAAUUAGCGAUUACUGGGUUUCUUAUAAAUCUCUCAUGACACUUAAGGAGUUAAUAUUUCCAAAUGCGGCGACUCAUUUCAAAGAUUUCAAGAUGAAACUAAUUGGGCCUCAGCACAGAAAACAAUAUAUUAAAACAGUAUAGGUCAUCUUGUAUUGGUGAUGUGUAAUUGUACGGGCUAUUUACAAUGAUGGGCUUUGCUUUUGGAAUUUUAAUUGGCUUCUCCUUCUGUGAAUUCAGUCAAAUAGCACAUAGUGGAACUGGAGGGGAAAAAGUGAGAAGUACUAAAAUACUUGAUACAGGUUAUUCAUGCUGGGCUUACAGGACGUAAUGGAUUGUCAGGAAAUAAACUAGAAAAAAAUAUAUAUAUAACACUCUCUCUCUCUCUCAUAUUUCAGGAAAAAAUUUAUGUUUAUAAAUCACAGACCCAUAAAAAAUAUAUUAUACAUUUUUUUUUUUAAUUAACUUCAAGAAACUUUGCACAUCCUCGUGUCCUCACACCCAGAGCAGAAAACAAAAAUUGCGUAUAGACUGCAUAACAUGUUACCAUAGUCUGGCAAAGUUCUCUUUCAUUUUCAUAAGGGAAAUGGUGCGAGAUUUGAGCUGCAAAUCUAACUAAUGGAAUACUUUAUCUAAGCUAUGGUUUCACAAGUCUGUUGAGUGAUGGCAUGAAGUUGGCCCUCAAUUGUCUGGUCGACAGUGGAAGCAAUCCGAUGCCUCGUACCAUCCUUCCAUGCGAUAAUCUGGCAGUGACUGGAAACUAAAGAGCGUUUCAGCUGUUCUUUCCACAACAGCUGAAGGUAAUAUUUUAUCUUGGGUGGCAACACUGCUCAGAGGAGACCAGGCGUUACCUACUCAUUGAGAACGUUGCUGGUGUUCAAGUUUUCAUAAAAUGUAUGUCUAUCUUUAAUAAUAACAUUCCCAUCCAAAAGAACCCAAAAACAAACAAACAAAAAACAAAAACAAAAUGGAUAUAAUCUCUCCCCCCCCAAUAUAUACAAUAUUUGUACAAAACAAUUAAAAACUUGUUUGGAAAGAAACUGGACUCCCUGUGAACCAAAUACAAAUCACUAGCUAGCCAAAAGACAGGGCACAUGUAUUUAUUUUUUGAGAUGUUUAAAAGAUCAAGGUUAUUCACUACAUUGAUGGGAAUUAAAAUUUUAUUUCAAAUUUAAAGGAACACUUUAGUGUUAGGAAUACAAAGAUUCCUCGCAGCUCCCUCACCCCCAUUCAUGAAAGGAUUAGAGACGCGCUCCUCCACCGCCAGCUGAUGGGGGCCCUAAUGCACAUGCUCUCCUGUAAGGAUUUGCUUGACACUGGAUGUCCUUAUGCAAAGCGUGAGGACAUUCAGUGUCGUAUCAUGGUAGACAGUCAUUAGAAGCAGUCAUAGCACCUCAAUGUAAACUUUGAAGUUUCCCUGCAAUUGUCCCUGCCCCCUUACAUUACAGGGCUAAGGGGACAAGGACACUGCACCCAGAACAUUUCAAUAAGAUGGUGUGGUCUAUAGUGUCCCUCUAAUGCCAAAAUAUUACAUUUACUUUGAAUUCUCAAUAAAUCUCUUUAGUAAAUAACCUAUUUUUUAUUCACUUAUGGGAUCAGCCGAAUAAUGAUCUUGUUUCACCGUCCUGGGAUUUUAAUUUCUGACCAGUGAAUGCAAGUGAAUUUACAGUAGAAAAUACAACAAUUAAGGGGUUUAUUUGCCAAUUAGUGAAAUCUGCUGACCUGACAACCAUGUUGCAAUAUUUAUUCCAAAACAGGAGAGUUGGAGAAAAAAAAAAAAAACCUCAAAAGGAAGAGGUUGCAGUACUCAUGAAUCCCAGUUUUCUGUAAUUUCCCCAGAUUAAUUGUGAAAAGCUGAUGGUAUAUAGAAUAACUAAUUUGAAAUGGAAAAUGUGAUUUAAAAAACAAAACAAAAAACAAAACCCCCCACAAAACACUCACACAAGAAUGUUUAUGUUAAUCCCAGAAUGAUUGUUUUGAUAUUUGACCUACAUUGUGCAAUGAAAAUAAUGUCAAAUCCGGAGACUGAAAAGGCCUAGCUAAAUUUCCCAUGACGGCAACCAAGCGAACUAUGAUGCUUAGUAUGCCUAAACCAGCGAUGGCUAAUAAUAAACACUAAAGAUAUUUAUGUAUACUACAUUUCCCAUAAUGCACAGCCAGGUUAAAUCUUGGUCCAAAAAUCUGCAGUGCCAAGGUCUGUUCUAGUAAUUAACCCCCCAGCAUAACACAAUCCUUAAAAACUAUACUGCAUGCAGUAAAGGUCAAAUACAUUUUUAUUCUCUAAGCUCGUAGUGAGCGUCUGCUGCAAUUCUUUCAGUGCCGAGACACCAUAAUCUGAUGAUCAUAAACAAGUCCUUGCUUGUAUACGGUUGUAAUGAGUUUUACACGCACGAUAACAUCGAAACAAUUAUUCUGGGAUUAAAACAAACAUUCCUAUUUUAUUUUUCAUGCAAGCUUAUCACACAUUAUCCAUCUUAUAUUACAGAAUUUAUAAGCCUUAUGUAUGAAAAGUCAUUUUAGAGAAAGAAAAAAAAUUAAAUAUAAAAUCAAAAACUAUUUAUCCUACAGAGAUCAUAUUAAAAAUAUAUGUACGAGAUGCCUACCUAAUUGUUCUGCCAUAGAUUUAGAUCAUGGGAUUGCCUAAUUUGAGACUAGUAGUGAGACUUUGUGAUACAUGAAUAUACAUUAUGCACUAUAGGGAGUUAUUUUACUGUGGAGCUCUGUGCCACAUGCAUUCAACACAUCGCUGUGAGUUUUCUUACUGCGGAGCUCUGAGAUUCACUUUUGUACAAUGACACAUUGCUGUUCAUUUUAUGUGGUCACAAACAGGAAUGCUAGUGGUUCAGGGGUAGUCUAGAGAUUUCACAAAGUCCUUCUUUGGGGUAUUUUUAAUUUUUGGAAAAUGUAACCCUUUAAGAACGGAUUGUCCAAGUUCUCAACCAAAACAAAAAACUUAGACUUUAAGCUGCAUGUCUGUUCACCCAUAAUUUACUAAUAUGGUUUAUUUUAUGAACUUUUUUUUUCUCUUUCCAAAGUGUGAAUUAUUAAGAAAUUUUUGUUAUUUCCCAAGUUCUGUCUGAAAUUUUAACCAUCAAUUUCAGAAUACUGAUUUGGGAUGUCCAGAUCGUUGGGUUGUGCUCGGCUGCCCUAAUGUUGUUAAAGCCCUCUUUUGUAGGAUGGUAUAGCAUGCCCCAAUGUCGGGAAAGAGUUAAGGAAUGCGAUAGCACUAGGAAUACAAAUACAUAUUCCUAACAUUUUAGCGUCCAUAGUUACUUUUCUGCAUUUUCACUGGUUUAGCCUAUAAAUUUUGUUCUUUUGAAUUUUUUUUUUUUUUUUGAUCGGAUAUCCCUCCCAGCUCACUGUUACACUGUAAUUAAAUCGAAUAUAUCUGAAGUAUCUUUAGCGGGCAUCUUUUUAAUUGUCAGUAUGUUGGGCUUUUUUCAGAUUGAUACAUUUGUGGCAAAGAGCCAGUACUUGAUGGAACUUCAGAAUAUAGGCAGCACUUGUUGAGUACAAGAACACACCUUGAUUAAUUAGCAGAUACGUCUGUUGGCGAGAGCCUGCAGGAGUGGAUUUGACAAUAGGCCUUGACAGGCGUUUGUCUGAUGAAGAUUUAGAAGGAUUACAGAGACAAUUGGAACGGUGGGUUCUCAGAAUUCACAGAGCUGUCGCUAGUAUCACAAGAUCAGAUAUUAGUAUGAUAGGAUUCAGGAGGUAAUUACAUCAGGCUGUGUGGAGUUUAAUGCUCAAUGGAUUUGCAGCAUUUAUAGAUCUGACAUCCUCCCCGUCUACUGCAGGAGACACGGGAAAAUCUGCAUCUCUCUGCUAUUUAUAACUGUUUCAUAAUAAAAUGUGUUCAAUAGAUAUUUACUGAGAAAAAAAUAUAAAACUUAAAAUUAUGGCUCAUUCGAUUCUAAAUGAAGUCAACAAAAAGUGAGAUAUUAAGAGAAAUUCAAAGUGAUUUUUGAAAUUAAGGUCAGAGUAGUCAAACUGCAAAAAAUUCUCUAAAUCAGGUAUGAUUUCCAUUCGACUACUCUGGCCUUAAAUUUGAAAUUUACCUUAUAUUCACUUUUAAUUCUCACUUUAGUAAAUAACCCUAAGUGUGUAUUGAUAAUGUUUAUGUCAUUGCAGCAAAGUAUUUUACUUGGUAGAUACUUUCCUAAUGACUCAUUCUGUCUGUUUCUUUAAACCACUUCCUUAUAGUUUAUUAAUCUAAUCAGGGUCCUAUUCGUCUUUUGUUUCUGUCAGCUACUUGAUACUAUAUGUCCCCACCAUAUAAUUGUACAGCACUACAGAAUAGGUUGAUGCUAUAUAACUGAUAAUAUUAAUAAAAAUAACGCACAGUGAAGUGAGGUUUCUUGCCACAGAACUCUGUGAUACUCUACACACACCACACAAAUGAUGAGUUUUAUUAUUGCUGCGGGGCUCCGAAAUAAAUCUUAAAACAUUACUCAUUAGUAUGAUUUUUUUAGAUUUUUUUUUUUACUAUGGAGCUCUGUGGCACUUUCAUAAACGCUACAAAUUACAAAUUUAUAAUUUUGGAAACUCAAUAAUUCCCCCAUAUACAAUUCACAUUACUGUGAGGUUUGCUGCUGAGCUCUGUGAUUCUGUAAUCAGUGUUAAUUUUGUCGACUAACAAUUUUAAUCAACUAAAUAUUUUUGAGAUUUAGUCGACUAAACUAGAAUGAAACUAAAACAAAUCAGAUGACUAAAAUACAACUAAAAUGUCAUUUUAGUCAAAAGACCAUGACUAAAACUAAACAUUUGCCGCCAAAAUUAACACUGCACAGGGGCUGUGGAAGGGGCAAAAGAGGCAGACCAGGGCUUGGGAGAGAGACACCUACAGGGGCUGGGAGGACACAGAGAGACAGAGAAGGGGCAAAAGAGACAGAUAGAGGCUUUAACUAAACUCAUUAGAUUUUAAAAAGUCAUGUCGACUAAAAUCUACUGGAGGUUUAGUCGACUAAAACUAGACUAAAAUUAAAACAAUGCAGAUGACAAAAAUACGACUAAAACUAAAAUGUUUUUUUUAGUCAACAAACUAUGACUAACACUGAAUUAAAAAUUGUGCUUUGUUUGUACAGUUUGUUGCAGUGAAGCUCCGUGAUAAACUCACAAGGUCACAAAUACUUAGCAAGUGACCCUUUAGCACCGACAAUUCCCAUUUGACCUAAAUCCCUUAGAUCUUUUCUACCCGGUAGUUGUUUUUGUAUCCAGGUAUGUUUAGUGUAUUCACUUUAAUAUUGGGGCCCACGUACAGAACAGAUUCUGCAUUUUGUUUUCUGAAUUCAUAAGGAAGUGUAAAAUCUGCUUUGUGAACUGCAGUCAUAAAUGCAUAGCAUAGGAAAGGUAAGGUCUAGAUUUAGAACCUCUAAGUUUUGCUGCCACCUGCUGGUCAAAAAAAAUGCUGCUUAGCCAGUAUCUAAUUUGAGUGAGCCAGCUGUCGUAAGAGGUUUUAUUGUGUGUAUAUAUUUGUUUUGUGUUCAUUUUGGAAGCUCUGUAAUAUUUUUAUUGCUGUUGACAGGUUUGUGGUAUUCAGUAUUCAUAAUAUCCAUGUUUAGUGUGACCAUAUAAUCCUUUACAGAGAAUGCAUGAAUAAUGGAUAUGUCAUUAUUGCAUUAAAGCCAUUACUGACCUCUAGCAUGAAUCUUAAUAAAUGUCUCCAAUUAAGGGGAUGGUAUAUUUAUCAUGGUUAUUAACCAUUUGAAUAUCAAAAGGUCAGUUCUCGGUGGCUAUUUAUAACUGGAAUUUAGUCCUCAAGUCACGAUGGUCCAGUGUCAUACCUCUGGCUGCCUCUAUGUUCGUUGUCCCGGGUCGAUCUUGUCUGGUUAAACAUAUUGCGCUCUACUCCCUCUGACUCGGAGGCCAUGCGGCAUUCUCCAACUUCGAAUACCGGAUGGGCUCUGCAUAUCACAGGUCACACAAGGUUGCUGGGCUUCUAUGGCAACAAUGCGCCUAGUGCAGAAGUCCUUAAAGUUAUAAGACUGUGCAAUAAUGUGUGUUUUUAUAGAUCCCUUAGUCCUUUUAUUGCAUCACAUUUGUGGAAUACAUUAGGCUUCCUUCUGAGGUCACACACCUUUGUGUGAUUUGGCGCAGGGGGAUGAAGCUGUCCAAUAGCAAUAUAUAUCCCUAUAUAUACUUCCUUAUUCCUUGAGAUAAUUGCCCUGCCGUGGUUACUGGUACCCAAGAGUGCGUUCUGAGUUUAGUAGUGUUCCUGUUUCUGACCCGUCUUAGUUUUGACUAUUCUGCUUUUCCGGUAUCCCUGACCUCGGCUUGUUAGUAUGUAUCUGAGUAAUUCUGGAAUAAUUGACCAUAACUACUGACAUUGUAUUUUUGUCUUUCUUGGGCACACAUAAGGCCUGGACACUCUGGCUUGGUGUAUGUAAUCGCUUUCUUUUUCAUCCUACUUACUGGCGGUUUCCCUAUUCUCUGUGUGUUUGGGUCACCCCAUCCUUGUACAGUGCUACGGAAUCUGAUGGUGCUAAAUAAAUAAUCAUAAUAAUAUCCAGUUCUUUAUCUAUGCUUAAGGCUUCUAGUGUAGCAUUGACAUAAUGUGUAUGUCACAUUGUACAACAUUUCGUCCUUUUAACCGAAAAUAAUGCUACUUUAUGAAAUCUCAUAAAAUGAUGAUCCUUGAGGCUGCCAGGCUCCAUACUGUUUGGCAGAGAAACCGCUAAAAUAUAUAAGAAUAUUUAGCUACUUUGAGAACUUACUCAAGCAGGCUGCAAUACAGAUGGCGGAUAUGUAGGGACCUCAUAAGCAUUUUGUAAAUCUGUAACAGUGUGAGUUGUAUAAUGUGUGUACAGGGUUUGUAAAUAUCUGUGUCCUGUUUAUAGGGCAGGUAAACAGCUGAGCUAUAUCCCAGAUAUGCAUGGUUAGUACAGAGCUACACUCCACCCCAGAUAUGCAGGGUUAAUACAGAGCUACACUCCACUCCAGAUAUGCAGGGUUAGUACAGAGCUACACUCCAUCCCAGAUAUGCAGGAUUAGUACAGAGCUACACUCCACCCCAGAUAUGCAGGGUUAGUACAGAGCUACACUCCACCCCAGAUAUGCAGGGUUAGUACAGAGCUACACUCCAUCCCAGAUAUGCAGGAUUAGUACAGAGCUACACUCCAUCCCAGAUAUGCAGGGUGAGUACAGAGCUGAGCUCUAUCCCAGAUAUGCAGGGUUAGUACAGAGCUAUGCUCCAUCCCAGAAAUACAGGGUUAGUACAGAGCUACGCUCCAUCCCAGAUAUGCAGGGUUAGUACAGAGCUAAGCUCCAUCCCAGAUAUGCAGGGUUAGUACAGAGCUGAGCCAUAUCCCAGAUAUGCAGGGUUAGUACAAAGCUGAGCUUUAUCCCAGAUAUGCAGUGUUAGUACAAAGCUGAGCUUUAUCCCAGAUAUGCAGGGUUAGUACAGAGCUAUGCUCCAUCCCAGAUAUGCAGGGUUAGUACAGAGCUGAGCCAUAUCCCAGAUAUGCAGGCUUAGUAGAGAGCUGAGCUCCAUCCCCAAUCUAUAGAGUUAGUGGAGAGCAGAGUUUAUGCAUACACUUUACGGACAAAAGUAUAGGGACUCCUGACCAUUACACCAACAGGGACUUUUAUGACCUCGCAUUCUAAAUACAUAGGGUAGUUGGUCUACCCUUUGCAACUUAAACAGAGUUCACUCUUCUGGGAAACUUUUGUUCAGCAAUGAUGUUGGAAGAGACGUCUCCAUUCCAGUUCAUCCCAAAGGUGUUCGAUGGGGUUGAGGUCAAAGCUCUAUGCGAGCCAGUCAAGUUCUUCCACAGCAAACUCAUCCAACCAUGUAUUUAUGGACCUUGCUUUGUGCACUGGGGCACAGUAAUGCUGGAAUAGAAAAAGGUCCUCCUUCCCCCCCCAACUGCUCCCACAAAGUUGGAAACAUAGCAUUGUCCAAAAUGUCGUGGACACUGGAAGUAAGGGGCCUAGCCCCAUAGGCAGGCAAUAUUCUCCUGGCAUCCGCCAAACCCAGACUUGCCCAUCAGUCUGAGAAACAUGAUUAGUUACUCCACAGGACAUGUUUCCACUGCUCCAGAGCUUCACUUGUCGGCAUGGUUUACACCACUCGAACCGAAGCUUGCCUUUGUACUUGGCGAUGUGAGGCUUGUUUGCAGCUGCUCAGCCAUGGAAUCCCAUUCCGUAAAGCUCCCAGUGCCCAGUUUUUGUGCUGAUAAUAAUGCCAGUGGAAGUUUGGAACUCAUUAGCUAUGGAAUCAGCAGAGCAUCGGCGACUUUUAUGCACCAUGCGCCUUAGCAUUCAUAGACCACGCUCUGUGACUUUACGUGCUUUGCAGCUUCAUAGUUGAGCUUCUGCUGUUCCUAAACACUUCCACUUUCCAAUAAUACCACUUACAGUUGACCGUGGAAUAUCUAACAGAGAUGAAAUUUCACAAACUGACUUAUUGCAAAGGUGUCAUCCUACAACUUGAUUUCUCCGAGCUCUUUAAAACUACCUCCCUCCCCCCCAAAUGUUUGUAAAUGCAGUGUGCCUCGCAAGGUACUUGAUUUUGUACACCUGUGGCAAUGGGUCUGAUUGAAACACCUGAAUUCAAUGAUUAAGAGACGUGGAUCGUAUGUUUUAAGGAACAAUACGCCAAAAUGCAGGACUGCCCCGGCUAAAUCGGGACAGUUUGCACAAAUGGCUGAGCUCAAUCCCAGAUAUGCAGAUUUAAAAUAAAUAAAUAAAUAAAUAGCUAAAUUAAAAAAAAAAAAACACAUAUGCAGCAAGCUAUAGUAUUUUGGGGUUAGCGGGUGGUUUUUAUGUGCACAGAACAGUUGUCAGUGUGUAAUGUUUGGGUUUUCUCCUGUAAUAAUUUCAGAAUUGGUAAAAGACAAAUAUAAUUUAGAGCAAGCAAUGUACCGAAUGGAGUAACACAUCGUUUGACAAAUUUGCAGUUCAUUAUUUGUCAUUUUGAUAUGAGGACUGGGCUGUUAGAUAUAACAUUAAGGGAUAUUAUCGAUUAAUUUUGUAGCAGCAAACAAUAACAGUUACUACCUAACACAGAAAAAAAGCAGGUUUAGCCAUUACGCGCCUUUGCGUUUAGCAAUCAAAUUGUCAGGCAGCGGAAUUAAAAUAAUUUUAUAACUUUUCCUGCCAGCCUAUCUGUAAUACGGAGUUAUCCAAUGUCCUUUAAUACUAUGAAAGAUUACUCCAGACAGUUAUGUAUAUAUUAAUGUACAUAAAGAUUAAACACACUGCUGAACAUCGAGAGGAGUUGGAAUUAAUGCGUGGUGCCUGCAUUCAGCAAUUGUUUGUCAUUUUAACUGUACAGCCAGGAGCAGCAGAUAAUCGCAAUGCACUGUGACUCAGAUCUGCUGCCCUUCAUUCCUGCUUUUCUGCAUUUUUUUUUUAUCCUUCUUUCGUUAGUGAUGGGAGUAACACCCAAACGGCCCUAAGAAUUGUGUAAAUAAUGAAUUUACUCUGCAUUCCAAAACAGGCAGGAAAUCAAUGGCACAGGCAAACAAAGGGUUAAAAUUAUUCUGCAGAGAUCUUAAUCCUUUGCAAAGCAUCGUCAGCUUUUUCACACCUUAGCCAUACCGUAACAUGUAAGGAGAAUUAAAUAGCAGGAUGUAAAGUGUUAAAGUGAACUUUUCCACAAAUCAUGUGAAUGGAACGACCAUCUUAACACGGGUGUAGGGCUAAUUUAUGCACAGUGCUGGCAAAGCUGAUGUUAAAAAUAUAUUUACAUCAAGAUUUCUGCUUCCUCCUCCUCUCUGUAUUGGCGCUUGCUAGAAUUUUCAUGAUGGCUACCACUAGGCCUCCAUAUUUGUUACCUUUACUGCUAUGUUAACAAUACAGCGAUAAAAAAAAACUAAUGAGAAGAGAGAAAAUAAAAAUACUCUCCCACUUAUAGAUAUAUAAUGAUUUUGAUACAUUUGUCAGAGUUUGUGCCAGGAAAAUCUAUUAGGUAAAGUGUAAUUCUCUGUAAUACCGAACUCAUAACUGCCCUGCUUUUGGCAGGACGGUGCCUAUUUUGGGCUUCAGUCCCACCAUCUGGGUUUUGUUUCCUGGUGUCCCACAUCCGAGGAAGCCAGGGGACUGUCCCCAUCCAGCAUUAGCUGUAGAUGCAUUGUCCUGGAGGUACUAGGACCACACAGAGGGUUUCAGCAGCUUUCUCCGUAUUGUCUUCUGUAUAGUCUACUGCUGACACCAGACUGACAUACCUCUUCAGUGGGCAAACCCACCCCAUUUUUGGGCAUGCUUGCCUAAUUUAGGCAUUGUCAGCAAACCCAGAUAUUUAGAGCAGUGGUUCUCAAACUAUUCAUCAUGGCCCAGCGAAGGUCCAAGAUUUAUGGAUUUCUCUUUCUACAUUUAAAUGCAAAUACUGAAAAAACACAAACUGUUGCUGGGUCAUGAGGUCUAAAUUUUUACCAAUUUUAGUCCAAUAAUCUUAGGUCAGAUUGCAUAGGGAAUCUAAGAGUAGACUGUGGUAAAUUGAAAAAUCUAGACAAAUACAGCUACAUACAAAUACAGAGUUUCUGAAAGUCCCAUGUACUCCAGAAUAUGUUAGCCCUUUCUUAAUAAACCGGUCAGUCUGUACUUGGUCAAAAUUAAGUUGGAGAUCAGUUCUCAAAGAUGUUCGCUGCCUUAUUGCACAAACUCAGGAUGUUAUUAACAGUGGAGUCAGUUGCAGAAUUAGCAUUAUGUAAUAGACUGGGAACAUUAUCAAUGUACUAUAAAGGAUGCUUGAACUUUAAAAUUAAACCAAUAUAAAUAACUCUUGUUUUCUGGGACUGGUUUAAAUGUCUGCAUGUCACUGACUGCAAAACCUGUUCUUGGCACGAGGCCUUCUCGGAACAAUCUGCAAUCUUUAUAGCUUUUCCUCUCCUCCAUGAGCCUCUACUGCUAUUUUCUUUGCUUAAGCUUGUAUCGUGCACAUCGCUCUGCCAUCCCUGGGCCUUUGCUGCUCAUACCCAGCGUGUGUCUAGAAGAACAUUAUAAUUAUGGAAUUAUCAAGGUCUUCUGUUUCCGUUUGAAUCACGAUCUAAAGUCAUGACCACUAUGUUUACCACUAUAAAAAGGUGCACGCUGCCCUUGACAAAACAUUGAUUAUGUCUAAAAAAAAUAAAAUUACAAUGAAAAUUCAUAAAAGAAAAAACAAAAACCUUCCAUGUCCAAAUUUCUUUAAACAGUUGAAACAACACAAACAUUUUAGAAUUUUAUUACUUGCUUAUCCAGGGCUGACAAGGUUACAGGCAAGAAUUAGGUUUGCCUGAUAAAAAAUAUUGUACUUAAAUCGGACAUAAAUAAUAGAAUAUUGCUGUGGUAGGAUUUUACAACUAAAAGGUUAUAUGGAUUAUAUUCCAAAUGGUUUAUAAAGAAAACAAUUUGGCGAAUGGGAGUUGGAGAAAAAUGUGUCCAUGCCCUUUUAAUUGGUCAUUUGUAUUAUUUAUUAAUUGCAAGAAAUAUACUUUUUUUUUUUAAAUCAGGAAAUAUAAAACACUAACUAUGUUACAUUGUGAGACCUGCCUUUCUGCAUCCUUACCCUGGAGUAUGGAAAAUGUAUAAAUGUGUUCAAAAAUAAGUUUUUGUUUUUGUUUUUUUUUGCAGGGGUGGGGGGUUGGGAAUGACAGGAUCAUUACAAAGUCCAUUGUGUUGAGUGACAACUAGUUCAAUGACAGAUACAAUGUAACAAGAUAUGAUCCAAAGUGCUUUGUUAUGAUAUGCACUUUGUUCUAGAGAGUAAGCAGUAUGUCAAGAUUCCAUUCUAGAGAUGAGAAAAAAAAAGGUUUACGGGGACUGGUUUGUUUUGAUAACCAAAACCACUGUCUUCGGACUUGGAAUUUUAAUUUGAUCGGUUUAUUAAGUGAUGCUGGGACUGUCCUCCAGUUUGAGGUUGGAGAGUUGAAAGUUUUACGAAUCUGCAGCUGAAACCACAGUCAAGUUUCGCUAAUCUGUCCCUUAUCGUGUGCUGGGUCUGGUGAGGUUUGAGGUUCUAGUGGUAGACGUGUUACCAUCAUUCCUGACCUCGAUUCCCAGAGCAAAUUCUGGGCAUUCACAGCUUCUGCCAUGAAUCUCAGCACAGCCCUUGACACGUGUUAGAAAGUGAAAAAGUGUAAUCACAACAGUUAGCAAUGAUAGGCACCCUCUCCUGUUUCAACUGCAAUGGACUACCCUACAACUUAAAUUCUCAUCCAAUGUAGUAAACUACUAUUAAAAAGCCAAUCUGCUACAUGUGUUUCCAUUAUACGGUUAUAUUUCAGAGGCAGAAAUGUGUGAUGUUUCUAGGCAACUGAACAUUAGGUCACGUUCUAUUGUUAGACAGUUAACUACCUUUUCUGAUCUUUAACAUGUUUUUUUCAUCUCCAGUGACAAACAUUAAAUUCAUUCAUUAAGCCUUCACUAAACGCCAUUUAUAUGUGUUUGCGAGAGAUUUCCUCCUAGUUUAUUGAUGUGUAAGACAGUUGCUCACCAUGGAUUUUGGUAGAGUUACCAUAUCCAUCUUGCUUUCAGGGACACAGAUCAUGUACAUGUAUCGAUGGGCAGAAAAAUGAAAAGGGCUGCCCUGUGUUAUGUAGAAUUCAAAGAUGACCAUGUUCAAAAAAUGCCAAAGGUUUCAUGCAUUCCCACCAGGCUGUCCUGCCAGUUAUAUGUGUGUCCCUCCCCCUUUUGGGUUGAGCAAGUGAUGUGAUUGUGCACUGGUCCACCCUCUUGAUUCCCCUCCCACUGGCAUCCUGCUUUUCGGGACACCAAGGUUGGAGGUAUGCUUUCCUGCUCUAUACACUUUUUCUCUUACUCUUGCGAAGGAGAAGUGAUUACAAAAUAUUUAUGGAAACAAAAAUUGCAAAACAGAUUGAUGAUAUUUACAUAUUUUAGACUGAAUUCAAUCUAGACAAUGCUUCAAAGUACAUCUUUGUUGUUUUAUUAAAUGGCAAUUCCAUGCCAGCAAUUUAAAGCGAAUUUCAAAUUUUAGACCAAAAUAUCUGAACUGGAAAUGAAACAGACAUGUAAUAAGUUUUUGAAAUUCACAAUUUUACAUAUGAGUGUGUAUUCACCAAAGAGUGAUUUGCGAUAAGCGGACAACCAAACUGAAAUUAUAUUGAUAAAAUAAGUUCAUUUGAGGGGAAAAAAACAACAACCUUGUAGUUCAGGCACAUGGGAUAUUUUUUUUUUUUUUUCAGAAUCAGAGCUUUUUAUCUAGUCAUAAACGAUUGAUCGCCCAAUAUACCCAUAUAAACAAGCAUCUUAAAAAUUAAUGAAAGAACAUUCAAAAUACCAUAACCACCACAGCUCGCUGGUAAGAUUCUCCUAAAGGAGAAGACUGGAUGCAGAGUAUGUGGCCACAUUCCCCUGGCCACACCCAGAUAAGUUGUCAGACUGUUCCAUAAAUGACUACUUACCAUGGGAUGGCACCAGGGCACCAUAACCACUACGUUGGUCAGUAGUGUUUAUGGUGCUUGAAGUGCCUUUAUAACACGUUUUAAAACAACAUAUUUCUAACUGUUUCAUCUGUAUUUUAUAUUUGAGGCAACUAAAAAUCUACCAGCAAAUAUAUGUAAAGGAUAUAGCUAUAUCUAAAACUAAUAAUAGGAUCCUAUCUUUAAAUCAAGAAUAUAAAGGCUUUUUUAGAGAAUUGUCAGAAUUCUUUGGUCCUGUUUCAUCUCCAGUCUUCGACAGUUAGCGGAGAUUGGAUACUCACAGCUAGAUUUUAUUUUGCACAAGCAGCAAUUGUGUGCAUGUCGAAUACUGUCUGGAAAAGCUAGAUUUAUAGCCAGUGUUUAGCCAGAGGCCAGUGUUCCACUCUUUUAGGGGAUUUGAAGCUUUAUUUUGUAUAAAUAAAAUUAUUCUUAUUUUCUUUCAUCCAAAUACUGUAUUUGAAUUUAAAAAAAAAAAAUAGUAUGUAAUCCGUGAACCCCUUUAGAGCUGGCUAAGUGUGCUUUUCAUUCUUUGACAUGGAGUUUUAACGUGGUACGUUCAGGCAUUUAGAGGUUAAUACACUGUUCAGUAUAUUCUAUAAAUAAAUUAAAAAAAAACAAUCAGCUUCAGUUAAUCCCAUCUAGAAUUCACUUUCCUUUGUUCACCCCUCCUGCCCACAAAAAAAUAAAAAAAAUACACUUUCAGAUUUAAUGCAAUUUGUCAAACAGCCAGUACGUUACUGCCACUAUACCAAAAACAGGAUUUAUUUUAUUCUGUUCCUAACUUGUACAGCUCAGAACAUACUUAAGGAUAUAUUUGUUUUAAAAUAAAAAUUUUUAAAAGUAGUGGAUACAGAAUGCCACCUCCAGGCAGAAGUAGAAAAGGAAAGCCAGCUACAAAAUGUGUUCUAGUUAUUUUUGAAUUAAAGAGAAUUGUAAUUUAGUUUUUGACACUUGGUAAACCUUUGCUGUCACCUGCAAUUUGUUAUUGCUGUUCCGUGCGGACUAUACAUGAAUGCCUGAUUUCAAUUUACAUGCAGGAUAAAUCUCUCCUCUCCCCCCACUUGGUGUAAGCAGGGCAUUCAGAAAAUAAUAGGUUGCAUGCCCCCUCCAGCUGGGUUAGAGUUAACCCCACGUGACAGGCAACGAGAACAUCUGUUGUGGAUUGUGGCAGACCCAUUGAGAUUCACUUCACACUGCCAGGCUAAAAAACAUCACAUCCAAGGCAGCACGACAGAGACAAAACCUCAGUGCAUUAAGAAGGAUAAACUGUGACAGUCAGAAUGGAGUUAGAGCCAUAAUCCAGUUAGGAGAUCUUUUUAUGCCCCCUCACGUCAUCUGCAAUAAUUGGAGCCAAGCUGUUCUUGAUUCCUGAGUGUCAUGUGACCACGCAGGGCUAGCUAAUUCCUCCAUUUCUAAGAAGCAAAGGACGCUUUUUCUCAUUUUACCAGUUAGAUAAAUCUAAAACCACAAUUUAUUCGGAGAUAUUUAUGAAGCAUGCUUCGGUCUUGAUGCUAAAUAAAUGUGUCUUUGACAGGGGGAACAAAUUGCAUGAUGGGUAUGGAGAAAGCAGGAAAUAAAAAAUAAUGUCAAUAGAACGUUUGUGUUGCUCAGUCAGACAUUUGGAACCGCCGUAAUAUCUCAUUUACAUCUAAAACCAUAUUUUCUGUAUUGUGUGUGUGAAUGGAGUGCAAUUAUUGUCUAUACAGCAUGUUGAGGAGAUAGAUAAAAGAAUUGGAUGCCUAUCCACUGAGCUAAGAGCCACAUUACUUAUUCCAGACAAGGUUAACCCAGCCUUUCAUCCUUCCAAGGUCAAUAAGAUAGAUGCCAUUAAGUUGGAUAGUAAUAACAUAUAUAACCAAAGGUCUUAAGUGCCCACAGCAGCUUUGGGAGCAAGACAAGGUUUCCAUUAGGCAGAAUAGGUGCCUGCCUGAAGGCAGCUGACCACUAGGGGGCACCUGCAUUCAGCACUUAUAACGUGCCUUUUUUAGCUUAAGGGACCACUAUAGUGCCAGGAAAACAUACUCGUUUUCCUGGCACUAUAGUGCCCUGAGGGUGCCCCCACCCUCAGGGACCCCCUCCCGCCCGGCUCUGGAAGGGGGAAAGGGGUUAAAAACUUACCUUUUUCCAGCGCUGGGCGGAGAGCUCUCCUCUCCUCUCCUCCUCCGUUCGCCCGUCGGCUGAAUGCGCACGCGCGGCAAGAGCUGCGCGCGCAUUCAGCCGGUCGCAUAGGAAAGCAUUUACAAUGCUUUCCUAUGGACGCUGGCGUGCUCUCACUGUGAAAAUCAAUGAGACAGCCACUAGAGGCUUUGGGGAAAGGCUUAACCCAUUAAUAAAUAUAGCAGUUUCUCUGUUUAUUAAAAAAUGGGUUAACCCUAGAAGGACCUGGCACCCAGACCACUUCAUUAAGCUGAAGUGGUCUGGGUGCCUAGAGUGGUCCUUUAAAUAGGCUGAUGGAAGCCUUGGCCACCAUCCUCUGUAGCUCAGUCAGCCUUAAUAGCGGAGCUGCAUGAACAGGUAUAGUGGGUGUAAAACGCAGUGCUGUCCCAGCUCAUCCAGUGUCUGUGUGUGAGGCUGGACUUCCCAUCUGACCACUAAGAGCCUCUCACACAGGAAGUGCCAUGCAUUAAGGAGCAGGGGAAGUUCUGAGUGAUGCACAAUGCUAUAGCCACUCCUGCACUUCUAAUAUCAUUAAUGCGACUGGUCUACACUAGUCAUAGGAGGCUCAGAGCUUUGCCAACUCAGCACUCAGAGCCUCAACCUAAAAAUAAACUCUUUACCUUAAUCCUAUGUUUAACUACUCUUAAAAUCUAAAUACCAUAUGCACCCAAUACUAAGUUCAACCCAACUCUAGUCCUAAACAGUCUUUAUGCUACAACUUCAGCCCUUCUCAAGCUGUCUAUCUUUUUAACACUGAACACCAUAUGCAAUAUUAUUGACAUUAACCCUUGUCUAACCUUAACACGCUUUACCCUAACCAAUUCUAACAUUAUCUUUCAUCCUGCAUGCAUUUGCAAUGCUGCAUAAUCUUACUGUACUCACAGAUUUAACCACAAUGCAUUACAAGCAGAGCAGAAAUAUGCACAUACAUUUAUACAUAUGCAGUUGUCAAAUAUGAAUAUAUAUAUUUUAGGCCUGCAAUUUCUAGGUCAUAAAUUCAUUAUACUUUAACUGCUUUUUUUUUUGGGUGGGGGCCGAAUUUUGUGCCUACAGGCGCCUAACAUUUAAAUCAGGUCCUGUCUGGGAGUACAUAUUAAGCAAUAACAGGCAAUGAGUUAAGUGAAUGUUUGGAUUAGGCUAAAUGUAAGUUUUAUUGCUUUUUGGUGUAUUGAUCGUUGCCGCAUUUGUAGAUAACCUUUGGCAACCUUUGUGACGGGUGACAGAUAUAUUUCUGGUGUCCACUGGAGAAACUUCACAUUAUUGUGCUUCUCGGUGGAGGUGCAACAUAAUUUGUGAUUUAUGAGUGUAUUUUUUGGACAGGCCAGCAGAGGGUGCUGAGCUUUUGUACAUAGUUACAGAAUGAAGUACGUUUUGAUACAGGUUUAGUUAGAUGCAUUUUAUAUGUGUAUAUAUGUUUUACAUUUUUUUGAGCCAGAUGUUUCUGGAGAAGAAUAGAGGAUAUGUGGCAAAUGUGUGGAAAUUGUUGGAAUCCACCAAUAGAUACACACAAUGACCUGACACACAAUAGCUUUAAUGACUGAAUUGAUGUUAGACCAAAGAUCCCAGUGGAAACUAUACAAAGUUUUUCCGAAACUAUACAGUUUUCAUUUCCAAGGCUGCAGGGGCAAUAUAUACGACCCAAAAUCCUUUUAAUAACAGAAAGUGAUUUCGGUACAGAUGCUCCCCAUUUAAAUGGAUUAAAGCUGAUUAAAGCAAUUUGGUGCACACGCAUUGGCAUUAAAAUUGUUAAUUAUGGUAGUGUAGUAGUGCAUUUCUUUUUACCAGUAAAUGUAUGUUAGAAAAGAAAUGUAAUUUGUGACAUAAAGCUAUUUUUUGUCCAAAGCUUCCUCCCACGCCAAAUAAAUAAAUAAAUCAGCCUAAAAUCAGGUUGAGCUGACGGAAAUUUGUUGAAAGCGUCUUGUCAUUGUGCGAGUAUCUAUUUGCCAGUAAGUUAUUUUUUUACGGAUGGAUACCUUAAAAGACUGUUUUACAGUUGACACUCGAAAUAUAGGUUAUUCCUGUUCCCUCUUGGCAUUCUCAGCAUUCUUAAAGAAAAAAAAAAAAUACGGCAGAUGAAUUAUUUAUUUUGCGCAGGCAAAAGACUGCGAGCAGCCUUCUGUCAUCGGCAGGGACCUGGAGCCACAAGGACUAGUGUACAAGAAGCAGCUCUCUAAUCUGUGCAGCCUUCCAGAUCAUUUGCAGGACAUCACUUAAAUGGAGGCUGUUUGUUUGAUUUGGUAUGAAUGCACCCUAUUCUCUCCCCUACUAAAACAAAUUCUACAUAAGACCUCAUGUACUUAAAAUCCCUCUAGUCUCUCCCGGAAGCAAUCAUACCAUGUUUGGACCCCCGUGUUCAACAUCUCUUUAUUUCCAGCCCUGUCUUUGUAGCCUUUUAAAAAGUAACCUUCAAAACAGCAGGCAUUUUAUCCUUCUCUGGCAAGUCACUAAUGUGUUAAAUUAGAGAGGGCACCGUCUGUGAAACCACCAUUUAUAAUUUAAGCGGAUAUAUAUAUAAUUUCUAAGCAGCAAAUAGUUUUGAGAAAAAAAAAAAAAAUUAACGCCAGUUUUACUUAAAAAAAAGAGUUUGAGAUUUUAUACUUUCAUUUUAUAGCAUGGGAUACAAUUAAUUAAAGGACCACUAUAGGCACCCAGACCACUUCAGCUCAAUGAAGUGGUCUGGGAGCCAGGUCCAUCUAGGGUUAGCUCUGCAGCUGUAAACAUAGCAAUUUCAGAGAAACUGCUAUGUUUACUAUAGGGUUAAUCCAGCCUCUAGUGGCUGUCUCAUUGACAGCUGCUAGAGGUGCUUCCGCGCUUCUCACUGCGAUUUUCACAGUGAGAAGAUGCCAGUGUCCAUAGGAAAGCAUUGAGAAAUGCUUUCCUAUGGAUUGAUUGAAUGUGCGCGGCUCUUGGCGCGCAUCCGCAUUCGGUGGAUGAUGUCGAAAGAGGGAGGAGAGUCCCCAGCGCUGAGGGAGCCCCUUCCUCCCCCUAGAGCCCGGCAGGAGUGGGACCCAGAUGGUGGGGGGGACCCAAAGACCCUAUAGAGCCAGGAAAACGAGUUUGUUUUCCUGGCACUAUAGUGGUCCUUUAACCCCUUCAUUACUAACUAUGUUAAUGGCCAAUUAGCAGUGUUCGUCCUAGAACAGGGGUGCCCAAAAGGUAGAUCCCUAGAUGUUAGAGAACUACAACUCCCAUAAUGCGUUGCAUGUCUUAAGAAAGCUUCAAUGGAAAAAGCAUCAUGGAAGCUGUCAUUUUAAAACAUCUGGGGAUCUACCUUUUUGGCACCCCUGUCCUAGGAUAGUCUGUGAAACAGUCCAAUACUAACUCAACCAAAAGAAUACGUGACAUAGUGUCUCAAACAACUACUACAUACUACCACUACUCAAAAGUGGUUAAUCAUAAUCAGUCAUUCUAUAGAAGGGUCAUAGAAAGGAUAUUACCAAAUACUCCUGAAGUUCUAAGUAGGUCUUUCUAGAUGCCCCGUGUGGUCAUUAAUGGAAUUGCAAGCAUAGUUUACUUCUGAUGGUUUGAUUAAAAUAAAUAUUAUAUUGCUGCUAUUUGUAAAAGGGUAUUCUACAUGUUGUGUUGUAUAGUCAAGUGGGUAAUGGACAGGUACAUGAAUUAAGUCUAUACACAUGCCCAUUUCAGAUUUGCAUAUUUAUUUUUGCAUGGUGUGUUGAAGAAAAUGUAUUUUGGGAAUCCUAAUAUGUUCUGCAGUGAAAGAAAAAUAAAAUAAAUUGGUAAAAAAAUAAAUUAAAAAAAAAUCCUCUAUUUUUAUGAAAUUUAAACACACUGGAGUUUUAAAAAAUAAAAUAAAUUGGUUAAAAAGUAAAUUAAAAAAAUACCCUCUAUUUGUCAGAAAUUUAAACACACAUGAGUUUUAUGGUUCCCCCAAAAGAAUAACAUUAAAAGCAGUGUUUACAGUGAAGAUUGCACAAUUGGUGCAGCAAGUUAACUGAACUCCUUCACCAAAUAAAUGAACUAGAGAAUUAAUGUUUUUCGGUGAUGUGAACAGAACAUCGUGAACCACUUCAUGGUGUGUGACCUGUACUAAUACGUGUAUAUGUGCCAUAUAACUCCUAUGUAACAUGUAUGGGCCGUAUCAUUUUCUAUAGCCAUUUACUGCAACUGUAUGAACAUCAUUCAUGUAAAAACACGAAUAAAGACUCUACAAGUAUAUAUAGAUAUUUAUUGUAUAAACUGGCCCCCAGCAGCACCCCAUUUAUGCAUGUUCAUAUAUAGUUGGGUCUUCUUUAAAAAAAGUUUAGUGUUCAAUUCACUACAUACAGCUCCUUCUCAGAAUAUUGUAGGGUUAUUUACCAAGAUGCCAAUUGUCAGGAAGUCAAGUGAAUUUCAAAUUGAAGGUCAAAAUUGCUCAACAGGAUAAAGGAAAAAAAAAAUAAUUCUAAUUUAACACGUUUCCCAUUUUGCUACGUUAUUCUAUGAAAAAUUUAAUUUCACUUUGAUUUCACCUUGAAUUCAUGACAAUUCUCACUUCAGUAAAUAACCCUGAUUGUUGUUUUAAGUGUCUAACUGUAUUGGAUAGUCCAGUUCCUUAUUUGGUUGUUUUUGUCUGUAUUGAACCUAAACCUUCAUGUCUAUUAAUGAUCAUUUCUAUCUUUCUGCAGGCCGCUUACUGGAAAAAUGGAACGGAUGAAGGUACAUAUGAAGAUCAUAUGAAUUUAGAGAAGAAGUGAAGACUCUUAAGUGAGGGAAGACACAAUUAACAAGGCGAUUCUCCCCUGGCUACGCAAGACCUACAUAGCACGUUGAGAAUAUCUGGAUUUGAAUUUUACCCCUCCCACAAACUUUCAAAUUUUCAGUUUGUUUCAGAGAAAAAUACGAUAUCUAUUGUUUUUUUGACAAAUUAUAUGGAUUGUAGCCAAAACAAAAAAAAAGAGUGUGCAAUACUAUCCUAUAAGACUGUCACAUCUCCAUUUAAUUUCAGAGGCCUAAUUUACCUUUAUUUGUGAAAAGCUUGCUAAAUGCUAGAUGGCUGGACAAAAGCACAUUAAAUGCUGAGGUUUGCAUUCCCAGAUUCCUUUCGCUCCUCUCAUUUUAACAAGGGCCUUUCAUUUUUUAUAAACCAGAAAUGGGCCUUUGGACACUAUUGUGGCCCAAGGACUGGGUGUCAUUUUUAAAAACUUGGGUGAUCUUUUUGAUUGGAUUUUCCAUGCAAAUAUCCCAGUCACUUUCAUGUCCCAGCGUGUGUCGCUGUGAUCGGAACUUUGUCUACUGCAAUGAACGGAGUUUGACCUCAGUGCCUCUUGGAAUACCGGAGGGUGUUACUGUACUUUACCUCCACAACAACCAAAUUAAUAAUGCUGGGUUCCCUGCAGAACUGCACAAUGUCCAGUCAGUGCACACAGUUUACCUGUAUGGCAACCAAUUGGAUGAGUUUCCCAUGAACCUUCCAAAAAAUAUCAAAGUUCUUCACCUCCAAGAAAACAAUAUUCAGACUAUAUCAAGGGUAGCGUUAGCACAGCUAUUGAAGUUGGAGGAACUUCACUUAGAUGACAACUCUAUUUCAACAGUUGGGGUGGAGGACGGUGCAUUUCGUGAAGCCAUUAGCCUGAAAUUACUGUUCCUGUCCAAAAACCACUUGAGCAGCGUACCAGUAGGGCUUCCUUUAUGUCUGCAAGAAUUGAGGUUGGAUGAAAACCGCAUCGCCACCAUUUCAGACCAAGCCUUCCAAAAUCUUACUAAUUUAGAACGCUUAAUUUUAGAUGGCAAUCUUCUCACCAACAAAGGGAUUGCUGAGGGUACAUUUAGCCAUCUACCCAAACUCAAGGAGUUCUCAAUGGUACGGAAUUCUCUCACCAGUCCUCCUACUGAUCUCCAGGGCACAUUUUUGGUAAAGCUAAAUCUUCAGGACAACCAAAUCAACCACAUACCAGUGUCAGCCUUUGCCAAUCUGCACAAGCUCGAGAGAUUGGAUAUUUCAAACAACCGUCUUCAAAUGUUGACAAAAGGAGUUUUUGAUAAUCUAUCCAACCUAAAGCAAUUAACUGCACGAAAUAAUCCUUGGUUUUGUGAUUGCAGCAUCAGAUGGGUUACAGAGUGGCUCAAAUCGUUACCUGCAGCAAUCAAUGUACGGGCCUUUAUGUGCCUGGCACCAGAGCACUUCCGAGGAAUGGCUGUGAGGGAACUCAAUGUGAAUCUCUUAUCUUGUCCAACAACUACGUCAGUCUUGCCUCCCAUUACCCAGGCUCCUACUACGGAAGCCCCUACCACAUUUCUCCCUACUCUGUUUGUCCCAACACCAACAGAAGUAACAACAAUUCCAACACCCACUCCAUCCCUACCUGUUACUGUGCCUGACAUAGUGGUCAUCAUAGAUAAAGUUACCCCGCCAAUGAGAGAGAAAUUUCAACUUUUCGUUCAUUUUGUAAAUGACACCUGUAUUCAAGUGAGCUGGUUAUCUGUUAUUUCAGUCAUGUCCUACAAGCUUACGUGGGUUAAAAUGGGACACAGCUUGGUUGAGGGUAUUGUCCAUGAACGGAUAGUUAGUGGGGAGAAACAGCAUUUUACUCUUUUAAAUUUAGAGCCCAAGUCCACAUAUAGGAUAUGCUUGGUUCAACUGGACGAUUUUAAUAACUAUCGAGCAGGUGAAGAGACUGUGUGUUCAGAGGCUACCACAAAGGCCUCUUCCUUAAAUAAUGGUAGUAACAGUCCUUCCAGUCAUGAGCAACAACAACACAGGGCAUGGGCUCCCCAUUUCUGCUGGCAGGGUUAAUUGGGGGUGCUGUCAUUAUUGUACUUGUUGUCCUCCUCAGCAUCUUCUGCUGGCACAUGCACAAGAAGGGUCGCUACUCAUCUCAGAAAUGGAAAUAUAACCGAGGGCGUAGGAAAGAUGACUACUGUGAAGCAGGUACCAAGAAGGACAACUCCAUUCUGGAGAUGACGGAAACUAGCUUCCAGAUAGUCUCCUUAAACAAUGACCAGCUCCUUAAAGGAGGUUUCAGACUGCAGCCGAUUUACGCCCCAAAUGGGGGCAUCGGCUAUACAGAUUGUCACAUCCCCAACAACCUGAGGUACUGCAACAACAGCAGCGUUCCAGACUUGGAACACUGCCACACGUGAUAAUGUCCAACCUUCGGGGAGAUGUGCCAUUCGGCCGAAUAAGGACAGACUUUGCAAAAACGAAACAAAGACACAAAAAUACAUUUGAUAAAUGUUAGGCAGAUGCAUUUGUGCAUCAGAAUUCUCUGUAAUUUAUACUGUGUACUAUAUAAUGGAAUUUAAGAAAAAAGAAAACAAGCAAAAAAAAAAAAAUGCGCUAUCUUUUCUAUUUCCAGUUCAUUGCAAACAGUUUUGUAACUCUUUGCUUUUUAAAUCUUUAAAAAAAAAUGCUAAAGUACUGUACAGGGUUGAUCAAUAAUAACCCUUUUUUGCCAUGAUAAGAAGGAAUCCCUUGUGUUUUCUUUUUUGUUGCCUGCAUAUGAUAAUGUGCUAAUUACCCUCACCAGUAGAUACUGAUGUUCACACAUAAUUCUAUUGUGUAAAUAACAAUUUGGUAUAAAAACAAUAGGAUGUUAACAAAAAGAUUUAUUAUAAGCUUCUCCAAAUUUUCUGGUUUUCCCUUUGGCCUGUGCAGGUUAAAUCUGUACAGCCAUUAAAGGAGCACAAAUGAUAGUCAAGAACACAGCAAGUGGCUAGCAGAUGAUCACGAUAGUCAGAGUCCAUUAACAGGAGGAACAAGUAUCGACUGUGCCACCUUUAAUUACACUUAUCAUAAAAAGUUUUGUGAUCAAAACAGACGCCAAUGGUCAUUAACGGGUGCCUGUUUGAAACAGAAUUUUCAGACAGAGUUACAACAAUUACUAUCAUCUAAAUAUAAUAGACCGACUGCGUACCGUUGCUGGCCGAUAUUUAGUCAUACGGUUUAUUUAUUAUUAUUUUUUUAGAUUGCUUGUUGACUUAAAAAGGUAGAUUAUCCCAAAAAUAUAGAUUAUUUUCUUUUAGGCAGCUGUCCACCAAAAGGACGAUAUUGCAUCUACUGUACAUGCUAUGUCUCCUGUGGAAAUGUGCCAAAUUGGUGUACGUGUUAUAUCGGGCCACCAGUCUGUAAAAAUAUCAUUUUUUUUUACUGUACUUAUCUAGCCAAUUUGGUAGAUGCUUAACUGAAUCUGGUACCAUUAUCUAUUGUGAAGACUGAAGAAAUUGGAAGUACAGCUGGAAUUUUACUGAAUGCCCCUACAGCCCCAUUCCACUGUUUUCAUGUUGCAGUUUGGGCAAAAUCUAUAUCGGUGAACAUUAACGAAUAGUCAUACAGUAUUAGAAUUCAGUUUGCACUUAUUUACACAACUUCCCAUUCUAUUGUAUACAAACCAAGGUGACUCCAUAUAUUUUUGCUAAACGUUAUUUUUGACUUUAUGUAAAUUAAAUAAAAGUAUGUUUUUCCACAUUAUUAUUAUUUUUUUUAUAUAUAUAUAAUUUUCCAAAAUCAGUAGGUCUAAUAUGUUCAGUCCCCGGUGUUCUAAUAAUUGUUUACAGACUCAUUAAUAAAAUAUCUUUGAGGUUUCUGGCACUCCAGCACUUAAACCACUCUUGUAAAUGUCAAGCGAAAUGCGUUAGAUAUUCCCCAAUUUCAAUAAUGCAAGG